GGAAACAGUCAGAGGCGAGCCAGGUACGAAGCCGGCAGUGAGGCGCGAGAGCGCAGGCCCGGCUUCCUAACUCUCUGAGCUAAAGUUCAUGACUAAAAAUGGGUUUGUAGGGCGGUGAGAGGGGUGGGAAGGAAGAAGAAGAAGAAGAAAUAAAACACCCUUGACCACCAAGGACAGCCUCUUCCUGAGAGCCCCUGUUCACACAAAUACAGGAAGUAGAAAAGUAGCUCAAUGCAGAAACACCACUUGGAAAGGGAUUCUCAUUUCGGAGUCGCCAGUGUUUUGGAACUACUGUGGUGAAAGCUCGGCUAUCCUUCGCGUUGAAUCCACCAUCAUUUGCACAUAUAUAUAUUAGUUUUUUAUUUUAUUUGCCGGGCCGGUGUGGGGGAGAAGGAGAAGGGCGUGGACGCUUUUUUGUGAGGAAAUGCCAAGGUAUAACUUUCUUCACAAGGGAGACCUCAAACGGUUCUGAAGCGAGAAGCGCCUCCGCGCGCUUUGCUGAGAGGAUGACAACAUCGCUGGGAAACCGGGCAGCUGGGUGAGUCCUGAAACUUUUAGCGGCGGUACUUUUUUCCUCCUGAAGUAAAACAGCCGCUCUCUUUCCACUCUCCCUCUUUGAGAAGAAACUCCUUCCCUCCCUUAAAUCCGCUUGCAGGCUGCACGGGAAGCUAUCAGCUGUGCCGCCCCAAUCACGAUAAUUCACAGCCUUUUUCCUUGGGUGAAUGCUAAUAAUUGCCUCUUUGAAACAACAGGAGCUUUUCUUUUCUUUUUGCACAGGGUGCUGUGGGGGGAGAAGGAAAUGAAAAUACUCUGAGGAGGAGAGGGGAGGGGGGAACGAGCUGUUUCCAUGCUGCCUGUCGUGCGUAUCUGGAAACAUGGCAAACCUUUUCCAUAAAUCCUGAGGGGCAACAGGCUUCGAUUUUCCCCCCAGCUGUGUCACACAGAUGUGGCUGAAAAGGGGGGAGCUUUCUUUUUUCUUUUUGGCUUGCUCUGCUGCUGUCCCUUUAUCAGCAUCUCAGAACAUGCAGAUUAAAACAGGUGAUGUUUUAUCCAUCAUGUCAGCUCCAUGGUAAUAAUAAUAAUAAUAAGCUCAGGGUGGCUAACACCAGUAAAAUUACAAUAAAAACAUAAUAGAAAAAAACACAAUUUAAAAUACAGGUUAAAAUGCAAUUUAAAAUGCAGCCUCAUUUUAAAAGUAGCCCAUAAAUCAAAACCGUAAGGGGAGGGAAACAGAAGGGUCAGACUGAGUCCAAACCAAAGGCCAGGCGGAACAGCUCUGUCUUGCAGGCCUUGCGGAAAGAUGUCAAGUCCCGCAAGAUAAGCUUCACCUGUUUCUGCAUGCCAGGCUGCCAGACAUUUUGCUGCCUGAGAGGGACAAUAUGGUGCCGCCUCCUAUUCCAUGUGCAAAGCCUGACUGGGCUGGCGACCGAACCUUCCUUCUACAUUGGCAACAGGACAGCAUCUUUUUCUGUACCUGUAGGAGGAGGGCCUAUAGGGGCAAGCACCCCAAAACAAGGAGCUUACUACCCCCCCACUUGCCCCCCCACAUUUCCGAACUCCUGUCAUUAACACAUGCUGUUAUUUUUUCUCUCUCACUCACCUAUAAAUAUACUUUGCCCCUUCUGUGCCCCCCCUGAAUUUAUUCCCCUGGUGCUGCCACUGCCAGGGUAGACCACACAACAUACAACACACAUCAACACCUCACGACUCCUAUCCACCCUUCAGCAUCUGCCACCCGAGGCAGCUGCCUCACUCUGCCUAAUGGUAGGAAGAAGACAAACUGGCAACCCUAAAGAACAAUUCCAUACAGCAUGAUGCUGAGAGACAGAGAAACGUGUGGUCCAGGAAAUAUAGACAGAUAUAACAAUGUAAGAGUUGCUACUCUGCAUGCAAACAUAGAUUUGGAUCUCCUGAAAUAUGUUAUGCUGCAUUUGAAUGAGGGAGAAAGCAGUUACCUGUUGGUUAAUAUCACCCACUCAACACAUCCAGUCCCCUCCAGAGCAGUUUGGGCAACUCCUUAAAAAAUGUAUGUGAGUUGUUUUCACUAGAUGAAUCAUGAAUAUAUAUAUAUGCAAAUAAACAUACAAGUGCCACAUUAAGGAGGAAAGCCUGCUGAAUACAUUGCAGCAUGGGCAAAGCUGAGGCUGGACAUGCAUGUAUCUAGGACAGCUUGGAAGGCCAUGCUCACGCCAUGGGUGAAGAACCUGCUGUGAGUGCCCUUAAAGUCAUGGGUAACUUUUUACCUCCCCAGGACAUUUUGGGUAACUCCCUUUGCUUAAUUCUGGGGUUUCUAGGGCUGGCCCAGCUGAGUUUCCCUCCAUGGGUUUUGCUGUAGUGGAACAUAAGCAGUGCAGACCCUGCUGUUGUGCAGCUUGUUUUUCUGCGCUCCUUCUAAGAGGUGCCCCAGCAGGAAAGGCCUUUACCUGGAAUCCUUCCCACAUAGUGUGAUUCUGCCAAGACAGCAGCACAGGAAGCCACUGUCUGUAUAUGUUUUAAAAGGCAGAGAUCCAGGGAUUUUUCAAUAUCCUGAAUGAGUUAAGAAGAAAAAUCCAGUUCUUAUAAUCACGGAGACAUCUACUGAACGGUGCUGCAUAAAAAAGUGGGGAGGCAGAGAAGAGGCAAUGUACAUUUCUCGGUGGACAAGAGAGAGAAAUAACAGUAUAUGGGUUAAAGAGAGAAUUGCACGCAGAUGAAGGUGAUUGACAGUGGGUGAAGGACUCUGUGUGAGAAGCUGGGAAGGGGAGAUCUCCCAGGGAAAGAGGCUGGGGGAAGAAAGGGGUGCUCCCAGGUGAGAGCUGGGAGGGUUGCACCUUUUUCUGUAUGGGAUAAAAGUUAAGAUAUUUGUAUUCGUCUGUCCCCUCCCUCCCUCCCUUUUGUGUGUAGAUUAGUUUUUUAUUAUAUUAUGAAAAGUCUUAAUAAAACUAUCAAUAACAAAAGAAAAAUAACAGCAUAUGCAAACGAUAGGAGUUCAGAAACGGGGAGGCAAGUGGUGGGGGCAAACUCAUUGACUGGGGGGGCACUUGCUCCAUGCCCCACUCUGGUCCUGCCUAUGAUCUACACCAUGCCCUUAUUGUCUCCCCAUACAGCACCCAUCAGUGCCAAUCAUCAGAGAUGAUGUGAGUUGCAGGCGAAAACAUCUAGAGUGCACUUGAUUGAGGAAGGCUGCCGUGCAUAUAAGCAGAGGUGGCCUUUCCCAUUUCGCAGGGGAAUUGCUGCCUCCUGGCCCCAUUCAUCACACUCCACUUCUGCCGCCACACCCUGGUUCUUGCAGAUCUUGGUGGGAGCUAAGAUGCUCUUCCAAGUGUUUGCUGCUCAUUUGGCUGCUUUGCCCGGAGCAGGAAAGAUGAGCAGCAACACCAUGCGCCAGAUUGCCUCCCUCUCGGUGGCCGAAGUGGCAGGGUGAGUGGAGCAUCGCCUCUCAGACUUCUGCCACCCAAGGCAGGCACUUCACCCUGCAUCACAGGCGGGCCGGUUCCUGCUUCAAGCAGGAGGUACCUGCAGCAAAUGGACUUACUAGCCAAUUCCAUGCUCUGUGUUGGCAAUUUUCCUCCAAAGCCUAGGGCAGUUAUUGGGAAACAAAAUGUGUGAGGGAUUAUUGAAGGAGGUGGGUGGCUGGACUGAUCAUACAUCCCUCCAAGAAGCUGGUUAUACCCCUCCAAAAAGUAACUCAGGAUGGUUCCAUAUGCCAGCUUUUCCCACUGCAUGUAGAUGUGUUUGUAAUCAUAGCAAUCUGCGAUCCACAUGGCGUUUGGAUACUCGGGGAGAGUCAGAUGCACAAACAGCUCGGUAACCACAGCUAUAGCGUGCAGAACUGGAGUGAGUAAGGAAGCAUGUGUUCUGGAGAAAAAGGGGAAAAAGUGAGUCUCAAAAUAGAUUUCUUUUUUUAUAAUCAGAUUUUUGAAAGCCAACCUUGGGGUUUUUUUUUGUUUUUUUUUAGGGAUCUUGACUCAUGAUUUUGUGACCAGGCCAUGAUUAUUACAUGACCCCCAUGAGAUACUGUACAGUCUGAAAGCAUUUAAUUUAUAUGAUUUGCUUCAAUGGGGCUAGGAUGCUCGGUUUAUUGCUAUAAGAGUUAUUAAAUGAGGAGACACUGCUUGUGAACAAAGACAGCUUUGGGGUGUCAUGUAAGGCAGAUUCACACAUUGCAUUAAAUGAGUGUAGAGCCUGUUCUCCUGUAUAACAAUACUGUAGUUGAGCUGUACAAAUCAACAAAUGUAUACUCUUUCACACAAAUAUUUUUACAGGCAAGCACCUACCUGUGUUCAGUGUAACAAGUGGACAAGCCUAUCGUAUACAUCAGUCUGCAUUUAUUUCUGUCAAACCCCCUGACAGUGAACCUAAAAGUUGUUCCUUUUUUCCUACUAAUGACAAUCAAGGGAAGAUGAUGUCACUGUUCAAAAUCUUGGUUAACCAUGUGGAAAAACAUGUCAUGCCAGCCCUUACAAGGAUCUCUUAUCUUUUGUUCACACCCUGGGUUGCUAUUUCCCCUGCAAAGGGGAAAUAUCCAGAUAUAGCAUGGCUAAGCUCACAGGGGGAAAGCCUGUGCUGACAGAGAAAGAACGGAAACAAAUUCUUAUGCUUGAGAUAUCAGGAUAAACUGCACUUCCUGGCUUCACUUAGCAACACAGAACACAAAAAGUGAGAUUAUUGCAACAGACAAUAUAUUCUUGCAAUGAGCAAGAGUCUUUCCUUUAUGAAAUUUUUUGGUUCCCCUUCUCCAGAAAUGUCAGCUCAGCUUGCAUGAGGGAGAGGGCAAAAAAAGGAAGAAAAUAUAGCUCCAAGGCCUGCUCUUGGAAAUCAAAUGGCAAAGAAUGAAUUCACAGCAGGACAGUGUACACACCAUACAUUAAAAUGAACCCCUUGAAUCCUGUGAACCGUAGUUUACUCACCACACCACAAAGCUAAAAUUCCCCAGCACCCUUAACAAACCACAAUCCCCAGGAUUCUUGGGGUGUGCGGGCUUUGAACAUAUGGUGUCUACACAGCUUAAUAUGUUACUGUGUACAAAGAACAUUUGUCAUGGCUGCUUUUUAUGGUAGGUUGUAUUCAACUAACUGAGUCAGAAUAGACCCAGUAAACUUAUUAAACCUAAGUAAGUCAUGUCUGUUCUUUUCAAUGGUUCUUCUCUGAGUAUGACUAACAUUGGCGACAACCCAAUAACUGUAGCAAUGUUAUCAAUGCAGGUAAAAUUGUUACCCCACCACCACCUUUUUUUAACGCAAAGGGAUAAUUCUUAGACCAUACGCAGCACUAUCCCAAGUAUGUUUACUCAGAAGUAAAUGAGACUUUGGUGGCUUCCAGACUGUCACUACCUCCGGAUGGGAUUCAAUAACAUAUCAGCAAAUUCAGGUUGCACAGUUAUAUUGGAUUGGGAGGUCUUGCACAACAGCUCCCCCUUCCCCAAAGAUCAGACUUUUUGCUUUAAGGAAAGUGGUGGGGAAAUCCACUGGGAAGUGUGGAUAACACUUGCUUUGAUGCAGCAGAAACCUCCCUCAAACAAACUGGAACAAAUGCACAUUAAAUGGCCAACUUUGUCUAAUCUCCCUACAGAUAAAUCAGGAAGAAUGAUCAAUAAAUUGGUUGUCUGGAAGUGCCCCAAGUCUUAGUGGUGGAGAAUCUUCCUUGUAUGCAGAAGGUCCCAGGUUCAGUCCUCAGCUUCUCCAGAAAGGGCUGGGACUAUUCCUGCAUUGCAGGGGGCUGGACUAAAUAACCCUUUGGGUCCCUUCCAGCUCUACGAUUCUAUGAUACCAAGUAUGUUUGUACACCAAUAAUGACAUAGGCUGCAAUCCUGCACAAAGAUUGAAUGAGUCUCAUUGAUUUCAAUGGUUUUAAGCAACCUUAGUGUAAAGUGUGCAGCACAUCUCUCUCUCUCUCUCUCUCUCUCUCUCUCACUCACUCACACACACACACACACACACACACACACACAAUUUACCCACAUGCAUGUGCUGUUUACACAUAACUGCUGAUGGUUUCAUCAUAGGGUAGACAGGUGGUAUGAUACAUUUUUACCUGGGUGUGCAAAUUAAUUCCACUGUCUCAUCUCUGCCCACUGGUCUUUCUUGUCAUGCUUCAGACCCUGCAGAUUUCACCAGAAUUGACAGUGUGAAGAGUAUGUACAGUGUAGGAGAAAUUUCCAUUUUCAAUCAUUUCCAAUUAAGCCCACACUGCAUGUUUGAGGCUAUGCACCAGAUUCACCACUGUUAAUGUUCCAGACCCCGAGGGACAAUUUGCCGUUUGUUCUUUGGCUUGUUGUAUCUGGAAAGAAGCCACAUGUUAGCAAAUCAAACGUUUUGGUCUCAGUCUGGAGCGAUUUUAUUUUAUUUUACUUCCCAGACUGUACAUGCAGUGUCGGGAAUAUAUUAAUGCUGACAGAAACAAAGCUAGCUUCGGGAAUUCUGCCAAACAUGUUUGUCUAAUGUAACAUAACAUGGGCACGAAAAAUGUACAGGGAACUUUUCCACAUCUCUCAGCCCGGUAGAGUUGGCCAUUGAUGCAUCUCUAAAAAAAGAAGAGAGUCAGAUUUGCCCAAAAGAAAUAGCUGCUAUGAUUUUAAACAGGAAUAUAGAAAGCCAACCCCAAUUGCCUGUCUAGCUCAGUAUUGUCUACACUGGCAGGCAGCAGCUCUCCAUCGUUUCAGACAAGGGAGUCCCUCCCAGCCCUACACGGAGGUGCCAGGGGUUGAACCUGGGACCUUCUGUGUGCAAAGCUGUGAAAAGAUGGUGCUCAAGUCAAAAGAAGCAGGAUGUCCUUGGUCUAGAUCCAAUGCUCUCAAGACUGUAUGAUGGGCAACUCACUUCCACCAUGGGGCAUAAUUUGAUAAACACCAACCUUGGAAGAAUAACAUCAGAGCAUCAGCAUGGAAAACUGGUUCCCCUUUCUAAGCUAAAGCCUGGUUUCAAAUGAUGGGUUUGAAACACAAUGGUAGAGCACAUACAUUGUAUGCAGAAUGUACCAGGUUUGAUUCCUGGCAUCACUCGGUAGGCUGGCAAAAGACUCCUGUCUGAAAUCCUAUAAAGCCACUGCCAGUCAGUUACUUAGCUGCUUCAUAGCCAGUGGUCUGAGUUGGCAGUGUCCCAUGUUUCCACGACAUGUUACAUCCCUGUUAAGAUGAAGGAUUCUAGUUCAAUAAAUCUUGGUUCAGCCAAAGGUUUUGUGCAUGAAUUCAACAUAAUAAUGUAAAACGAGCCCCGCUGGAACAAACCAGAGGCCCGUCUAGUCCAGCAUCUUGUUCUCACAAUGACCUUCUUCUUCUUCUUUGGCGAUCACUCGUAGUCAAAUAAGAUUGUCUUCCAUAAACACUGUUUCAAAAGUGAGUCCAUAAGUGACUGUGGAGGCCAUUUCUGGAUCCACACAACCUUCCAUAGUGGAGAGAUAGGUUUCCAAGCGGGAGUUGAUCACGGUGAGGGUUUGCCUAGCGUGCCUUCCUCUUAAUGCGUUUCUCCCUUGCCUCCUGAGUUCGUGCAUCUUCAAAGCCCACGGCACCACUGGUAAAGGCUGUUCUCCAAUUGGAGCACCUGCAGGCCAGUGUUUCCCAGUUGUCUGUGUUUUUUUAGAUUUGCCUUGAGAGAGUCUUUGAACCUCUUUUGUUAAUCACCAGUAUUAUGCUUACCAUUUUUAUGUUUGGAAUAGAAUAGUUGCUUUGGAAGAUGAUAGUCAGGCAUCCGCACAACAUGACCAGUCCAAUGAAACCAGAGACACACAACUGGACCUGAGCACAACAGCUCUCUCUCCACCUCUGAUUUGCAGCAACUGGUAUUCAGAGGCACACUGCCUCCAUCAUGAACAGCGCCCUCUGACUACCUUAUCUCCCAUGAAUUUCUCUGUCUGGAACAUAUUGCCAUUUAUAAUAUGAGAGAUAAUAGAUUCACUCUGUUGCAAGCUAGAUGCGAACCAGGCCAGUCAAGUACAAAGGCGUUUCAAAGCAAGCACAUUUUGCUAGCUUGCUUCCAUUGCAUGUGGUUUCUACAUAGCUGACAUAAGAGGAAGGGAAGUUGUUGUGGUCAAACACAGUGUCUGGCCUGAAUUCUAGGUGCAGUAACUAGCAUGCAGCGUUCAUCAGCCACUGCUGCCACAGCCGCAAGCACGCUUCCUUUGUCCAGCUUCUGUACAGACUGCAAGCUCCUUGUGUUAAAUUCGGAGGCAUGAUAAGUAAUGAUGUUUGGUUCAGUGUUUGCACUCAUCCUUUGAGUCGAUAAGAUGCAUUUGCAGAGAGCUGAAGGUGGCAGCCGCCUGGUUUAUUUUGUCCCAUGUUCACCUAUGAUCAAAGACCUUCCCUGGGUUUCGAAAGAACUACAAAAUCUGUAAGGGGAGACAAUAGUGGGAUGAGUGUGCACACCAGGCUCCUGGCUCCCUUUGUCAUACCAUCUUCAGCUCAGAUUGGCAGCUUUAGUGUAUCUCUUAGCAGAGAUAGGGCAAAAUCUGGGCGGUCAGGAAUCUGGAGCAACCUGCUUGCCAGGACAAAUGCAGCCGGGGAAGUAAUGAGUCGUAGGUGGACUCGGGAAAAUAAUCUAAUGCAGGGGUAAGGAAACUUCUUAAGCCUGAGGGCCACAUUCCAUUCUGGGAAACCUUCCAAGGGCCAUAUACUAAUGGUGAAUGGAGCCAGAUACAAAAGUGAGUCAACGACAACAACACCCUAAUGCAAAUUUUAACCUUUGUACAGUUGGCUGAGGGACGUGGGUGGCACUGUGGGUUAAACCACAGAGCCUAGGACUUGCCGAUCAGAAGGUCAGUGGUUCGAAUCCCCGCGACGGGGUGAGCUCCUGUUGCUCGGUCCCUGCUCCUGCCAACCUAGCACUUCAAAAGCACAUCAAAGUGCAAAUAGAUAAUUAGGUACCGCUAUGGCGGGAAGGUAAACGGCGUUUCCGUGCGCUGCUCUGGUUUCGCCAGAAGCGGCUUAGUCAUGCUGGCCACAUGACCCGGAAGCUGUACACCAGCUCCCUCGGCCAAUAAAGUGAGAUGAGCGCUGCAACCCCGGAGUCGGUCACGACUGGACCUAAUGGUCAGGGGUCCCUUUACCUUUAUAUUUGGCUAGUUUCUACACACACUCACUUGCCUCGAUCCUGACAGGCAAGAGGCAUUAUCAGAAUUCAAUGACAGAUUCCAGGCAGGCACCAAACCAGGACCAGUGAGAAGAGUGGGCUGGAGAGGGGGAGGUCUUAUCCGGGGUGAGUUCAGACAGCCAGAUAGAAAGGCUUGGAGGGUCAUAUUUGCAGGUAAUCUUGUGUAAUAUUGCACCCUGCACUAGGCCAACAUUUGGCACCUCACAAAUGGAUCUUCUCAGUUAUGGAGCUUUUCAAUUUUGCACCUCAUCAGCUCAGUGCCCUUUGCAGAGGUACUGCCUGCACUGCCCUAAAUCCGGUGCUGAUAUUUGGCAACUGGGACCUCAAGCUUCCCAGCCGUCAUCUAGACUUAACAGCUUAUAAGAACAGGGGUGUACCUCAGGAUUGGUCAAGUUGGCCUCUGCCAAGGGCACAGACCCAGGGGAGAGCCUCUCAUUUUAGCUUGGAGUAACUGGGAGCUCAUCUGUCCAUACACAUGCUAUUAGAAGUAUUUGCCGGCAGAGCAGGAAAGGAGAUGAAAAGCAAACUUUUUGAGUUUCUGGUCCAUAGGCAGGAAGGUGCUGAAACAUCUCCUUGCCAAAUAAUAAUAAUAAUUAUUAUUUAUUUGUACCCCACCCAUCUGACUGGGUUGCCACAGCCACCCUGGGCAGCUAGUAUUGGCUACCUGAUACGUUGGAGACUCUGUCACAGUGAAUUAACUGUGUACUCUUCCCUUAAAUACGGCCCAAUCUCAAGGCCACCACUGCCCUCUCUUCCUGGGAUAAGCACUGUGCUGUUUUCAGCAGCAUCACACCACCACACCCAUUUCGCUAACUCAGAAUCUGGGACCUGGCCCAGCCUCACACACCACCAGUUUGGCAAUAAAUCCAAACAAUUUCCCAUCUGUUAAGCCAGUGCAAUGUGGUGAGCAGUUUCUGUUUUCCUUGAGUGCGAGGGACACAUUCUUUGGAGAUGACUCUUCCAAAGCCCUCUCUAAAGGAAAACAGAAACUGCUCACCACAUUGCAUUGACUUAACAGAUGGGAAGUUGCCUGGGGAGGGGUCAUUGCUAUACAAAUUGCCUAGAAACUGCUCAUAUAGUAGCAAUGUGCUGCAAGUACAGUUUAUAGAGCCUUGCAAGUGGUAAACUGCAGUUUGCUCCAUGCACUUCUCCUGUGGGACACUCGCCUACUUUGCCCGGAGAGGAACUUAUAUGUGUGGAUUUCCCCUUUUGUGCUACAUUUGAUGGUGGUGGGAGGAUCCUUCUCACCCACCUGCUUUACUCAUUCUCUCGUGCUGCCUGUACUUAGUGAGAAGCAGCAUUUAUCUCUGUUUAAUGAAGUGCUGAUCGCUCAUUGUCACAAGGGAUAAUACUCAGGCAGUUGUCCAAAAACAUGUGUCCAAUGUGAGCAAUGCUUUACAAGAGUUUGUUGAAAUAUAUAGAUUUCUCUUUGCUUCAGGCAGCCUAUGAUGAUUUGGAAAUAAAAAUGCAAAGAGCUAUGAAGGAGGCAACCCCUUGAAGUAGCAGUUUGCAAUUACUUCAGAUAGGUGACAUGACAGCUCAGUUGGUAGAGCAUGAGACUCUUAAUUCCAGGAUCGUAGGAUAGAACCCCAUGUUGAACAAAAAAUUCCUGCUUUGCAGGGGGUUGGACUUAGAUGACCCUCAUGGUCCCUUCCAACUCUACAAUUCUAUGAGAGCCAGUGUGGUGUAGUGGUUAAGAGCAGUAGACUCGUAAUCUGGGGAAGUGGGUUCGCGUCUCCGCUCCUCCACAUGCAGCUGCUGGGUGGCCUUGGGCUAGUCACACUUCUUUGAAGUCUCUCAGCCCCACUCACCUCACAGGGUGUCUGUUGUGGGGGAGGAAAAGAAAGGAGAAUGUUAGCCGCUUUGAGACUCCUUAGGAUAGUGAUAAAGAGGGAUAUCAAAUCCAAACUCUUCUUCUUAUGAUUCUAUGACCCAGCAUGCCUUAAGCCAGUGGCUCCCAAACACCCCCCCCCACACACACACCAUGAACCAUUUGAAAAUUGCUGAGGGUCUUGGCAGACCAUGUAAUGAUUUAUUUCCUGCCUGUUGUAGAAGCCUUCAUCUGCCCCAGCUGCAACAAAACAUGUCUCUCCUGCAUCAGUUUCUAUAGCCAUAGCAGGAGCUAAAACCUUCCAACAGCUUGACUUCACCCCCAAAGGUGCAUUGUCUCCCGAGACAGACGGAUGCCAACCAUAGUUUUUGUAAUUAGCUCUAGUUAUCUCCCGCUUGGACUACUGCAACACGCUCUACGUGGGGCUACCUUUGAAGGUGACCCGGAAACUACAAUUAAUCCAGAAUGCGGCAGCUAGACUGGUGACUGGGGGCGGCCGCCGAGACCACAUAACACCGGUCUUGAAAGACCUACAUUGGCUCCCAGUACGUUUCCGAGCACAAUUCAAAGUGUUGGUGUUGACCUUUAAAGCCCUAAACGGCCUUGGCCCAGUAUACCUGAAGGAGCGUCUCCACCCCCAUCAUUCUGCCCGGACGCUGAGGUCCAGCGCCGAGGGCCUUCUGGCGGUUCCCUCAUUGCGAGAAGCAAAGCUACAGGGAACCAGGCAGAGGGCCUUCUCGGUAGUGGCGCCCGCCCUGUGGAACGCCCUCCCAUCAGAUGUCAAAGCGAUAAAUAACUACCUGACAUUUAGAAGGCAUCUUAAGGCAGCCCUGUUCAGGAAGCUUUUAAUCUGUGAUAUUUUACUGUAUUUUUUGUUUCUAUGGAAGCCGCCCAGAGUGGCUGGGGAAACCCAGCCAGAUGGGCGGGGUACAAAUAAUAAAUUAUUAUUAUUAUUAUUAUUAUUAAUUCUUUAGAAUUCAAAUUGUAACAGAAAAAAAAUCUAAUACAAAAGAAAUAGAAGAAGUAAUACAAAAAUUAAAAAUCAACAUGCAUAUUCAAUGUGAUGGAUAUGCCAUCUCCAAUCACAAAUCCAUAGGCAGAACACCUAAAUGAAGCCUGUGGUCCAUGGACCAGGGGUUUGGAAACUUCUGCUUUCAGCUCCUUUAAGUCAAUGGGAGUAGUGCUAGCUCCAAGUUUUGGAGGGAAACCAGAGAAAGAUGUACGUGGGAGGUGGAAUAUGUGAUCCUGUGGCCCUCUCCCGAUGCCUGGACCCUUAUUUAAUGUUUACAUCUGCUUCAGGCCUUGGAGGUGGAAACACAUCUCAUAGACUUCAGAACAGCUUUGCUGGCUGGGGCUGAUGGGAGUUGUGGUACAAAAUAUUUGGAAGGCACCAGGUUUGUGGAGGUUGAGUUAGAAGGAGGAGGACGAGUCGCACAUCCCAUUCUACUUAGGGACAAGCAACAUACUAAAAGCCCUUUGUAAUAAUGCACAAUGGAAAGUACUUUUUCAAAAACCCUCCAGUGAAUUCAGGGACCAUCGCUCAGCCGUUGUUGGCAUCCGCCUGUCUCAGGAGAUAAUGGAAGAGUGCGCCUUUGGGGGUGAAGUCAGACUGUUGGAGAGUUAUAGCACCUGCUGUGGCUGCAGUGACUGAUACAGGAAAGAGAUAUUUUGUUGCAGCUGGGGCAGAUGAAGGCAUCUGGUUUUGCUGCUACAGGUGCACCAUGGCAUUUAUUCUGUGUUCCUCCCAGCUGUCAUUCUUCCUCUGGUUACUGCUGCAGAUACAUGACCUGACUGCCUGUCUUCAGGCCCAGCAGCAAAACAUAUGAACUGUAUGCAGAAGGUCCCAGAUCUGAUUCUUGGCAUCUCCAUGCUGUACCAGGUCAUGAAAAAGCCCUCUUCCUGAGACAGUGGAGAGCUACUGCCAAUCAGAAUAGAUCAGAGUACAGUAGUCUUUGUUGCUCCUGAUUUGGUUGCACUGUAGUACAAUUAGGCCCCUCCAGCUGGCAAUCUAGAGCCAAGUGAGGAUUCCCAGGUAAGAUCCUCCCUCUAUUGUGUGGGCAGGUAAUCCCUCCCCUACCUGGCCUAGUAUUGUAUUGGCUACUAAUGCAAAACUACCCUCCUUGCCUGCCCAUUUAGCAACCAUGUGUUUACUUCAAAACUCUAUGCAAUUUCUAGCAGUCUCCACCUAAUUCUAAAAGAGCAGUAAGUUUGGCCCCAUGAGGUGUUACCUCUUGCUCAGAUCAAUAAGCCUUCACGAGAGGGUAUUACGUCUAUCAGAAAUAUUGUUCUGACACAUGUGCUUUUGGCACAAACUAGCCUGCCCUAAAUUAUGCCUGCCCAGGCACUCAGCGUUUUCAGUCUGAAGGUUAAUCUGUCAUUCUCUUUCUUACAUGAGUUGCUUGUGACAGCUGAUGCCUUUUGCCAUCUCAGAGGCACACAGAUUGGCAAUCACUGCACAGCCACCAACUGUGGCCUGGCUUUAAACAGAUGCUGCAAAAUCUCACCUCUAAAGUAUUAUUUUCUUCACGGUAUGCUGACCUCAUAAUAGCAUCCCUGUUUCAAAUCAAGAUGCAUUUUUAGAAUUUCAGCCAUUUGAUAUUGUGACAUUAGUAAUUCCAGCAAAAGAUAGAAUAAAAUUUGACUUUCUCUUCUUUUCCAAACACCUCUUUACACAACUCUCUCUUCUCUCUCUGUCAGCAUGCUGCAGCUGAUGGGAGUUGUAGUUCAAAAGAUUUGGAUGGCACCUGGUUGGCAAAAGCUGCUCUAUAGAGUGUAGCUUUUGAAUUGUAUUGAUGAGAACCCACUUCCCUCCCCUCUCUGUACUUCAGGGGCUUUUCACAGUCUGCAUUGAGCUUUUUGUUUCCAGCAGAAACAGGGAACAGGGUGGUGACACAGGCAACAGGGAACUGAAAAUAAAUAUCACCUUAUUUGCAAAUAUCACCUCCUUUGCAAAGAUUCUCAGGGACUACCCCACUCAUUCCUCAGGGGGGAAAUAAGUAGUAAGGCAUGAGUAGGAGGAGCCAUAGUUGCCUCACUUCCCACUGUUAGGGAUCGGCUGUGAACGGAGGUGAGUCACAAGCUGAGAAUCAUGAGACAAGUCAGUGGCUAGAAGAACUAAUCAGCCAAGCAGGACCAAAGGGCAAGCCAGGAGUGGGAACCAAAGAGCAAGUCAGGUCUGGAGGACAAAUCAGCUCUUUAGAUUACAGUGGUACCUCGGGUCACAGACGCUUCAGGUUACAGAUGCUUCAGGUUACAGACUCCGCUAACCCAGAAAUAGUACCUCGGGUUAAGAACUUUGCUUCAGGAUGAGAACAGAAAUCGUGCUCUGGCGGUGCGGGGGCAGCGGGAGGCCCCAUUAGCUAAAGUGGUAAAGUGGUUAAGAACAGUUUCAGGUUAAGAACAGACCUCCAGGACAAAUGAAGUUCUUAACCCGAGGUACCACUGUACUGGUCAAGCGGCAGAAGCCCAGAGAAGCGGUGCUGGCACUGGCACUCGUUUCCAGUGAGAUCUUGCCAAAAUCUCGUGAGAUCUCACAGAACACACAGGAUAUUGCUAGAUCUCAUUGGAAGCUGCUUUCAGUGCUUCAGGGGUGUUGCUGCACAACACAAAUAACAGGAUGCUCCAGCCUUGGCAUUAAACACAAGGCUGCCUUUGAAGAUGGUUCAGAGUUGGUGCAAAUUUCAGUGGCGCGUUUGCUGACUAGGGCAAGAUGGUCUGAACAUAUCACACCAACCCUGGCACAACGGCAUCGGCUACAAAUUAGUUUCCAGGCUCAAUUCAAAUUGCUGAUUUUGCCCUGUAAAAUAUUGUGCAUCUCAGGACUACCAGGACUAUCAAGGAUCACCUCUCCCCAUAUGAACAACCUGGUUUGGCAUCUGAGGUCCUUCUCCAUAUUCUCCCUCUAACAGAGGUGCAGAGGGUGAUGGCAUAAGAACAAACCUUCUCAGUGGUGGCUCCCCAUUUGUGGAAUGUUUCCCCAGGGGGGCACACCUGGCACCAUUAUUAACUGCUUUAUGUGCCAGGUAAAAGCAUUUUUAAUCAUUCGGGCCUUUGGACCUUAAUCUGGAGGGUAAAGUAUGUUUGUGACCUCUCCUUUUUAGUGGGGUAGUCCGAGUUGGAUCUGCCUUUUUGUACAUGUUACUGAUCAACAUUUUAGGGUUUGGGUUUGUUUUACUUUUGUCCUUAUGCUUAUUUUUCUUUUUGUUUCUGGAAGUUGCUUUGAGCCACUUUUGAGAAAAAAGCAACAAAACUACAACAGCAGCAACUCCUUCCUGGCCAGAAAAAAACAGUGGUAUGACUGGAUGGUGGAAUCAAUCCAAAUGUUUUCCCCCCCACUGAUAACAGCUGUCACUCAAGCAUGUCCAUCGCAGACUUCAUUCUGUGCUCACCUACCCCACUCAGCCCUGCACUGAAUUCUACCCCAUCGUUAUUUUUUACAAGGAUAGCAACCUCAGGCAGGGGUUCCUUUGAUUAUAUCAUUCUAUAAGCAAGGCCAGCUUGAGGAACCCCUUCAGCCAUUUCAGCCAUGCGUAAGUGUGUGUUAAUCUGCUCCUGAAUGAAAACCCCCUCCUUUGUUCUAGGGAGGAGGAGGAGAGGGGCUUAUCCUUCCUGGUUCACAGCACACAGCAGUCUCUUGGAUCGAGCAAGGUUAUAAAAGGUUGUAAACCAGCAUGUAAUUUGGCUGCUUAUUCCUAAGGAAAUAUGGUUUGGCAGUGGCGUGACUAAUUGCACUGAUACCCACAAGACCCCAAAGGCAAAUUAUCAUGCCAUUUAUUCUCGCCUCCAGCUGAGCUGUCUCGUAACUCAUGUCAAAUAAAGUACAGUGCUUUGAUGUAAUUACUGUGCCAUUAAUUAAGCCAUAUCCCCAGUUACUCUUCUCAAGUCAGGCUGCUUUGCAGAACACUACAUAAGCUUAGCCCAUCAAUAGCCGGGAAACAGCUCUUUGGUGGUUAGGGAAUAUGGUAGUUCUCCAGGUAGACUUGUAGCCAAAAUUUGAGCAUUUGUGGUGAUGGUUGCAAGUGGGACUGUUGAUGUGCUGGGGUCUAGCCAUCCAAGGCAACCAUUAUGCUCUGUUCUUAAGCAGCUGCUGUAACUUCCCAUUGGCCAAAUUUCUAGCAGAAGUGUGAAGUGGCAGAUAGGCAAGACAACCCAUCUCAUGUGUUCAGUAAGCAGGGGAGGGGUGUGUGUGAUUAUUUGAGAUAUUAAUAAUUCGCAGCAUGAAGCAAUUGUAUGCAUAAAAGCUGAGUCCUUUUGGAAUAAAAAUUGUCCAGACCCAUAAUUAUGAUUCAAAGCUUUUCUAACCAGAAUUUCUUCAAAACAAGUACAAAAGCACCAAUUAUACAUCCAGAAAGAAGUACAAAGCGUAUGUGUAUUGAAGCAUAGGUUCUUCUUCUUAAAUAUAUAACUUAAUUACAAUUAGAGCUGAAAUUAAAGCUCUGUCUCCCCCAUAGUCUGUAUCAAGCCUGAGGCUAUGCAGCUUCUGGAGAGGCAUCAUUUACAAAUCCUUUUCUGACUAUCCCUGGUAAUGGAAGCAAAGCCAACUCCCUUCAAAAUGGAGAUUUGCAAUGAAAUACCUUAGUCACAUGUACUAAGGUUAAACACUCACGUGUAAGCUAGCAGAGAACAUCAACAGUUACCAGUAAUUAUCAGCUCAUUUAGAAGCUCGAAGAGCUUUUUCUAGCUUAGUUCACUCCAAUGGAAUUUUCCAAUGUUAAACCCUUAGCAAUAUACAUACAGUGGUACCUCAGGUUACAUACACUUCAGGUUACAUACACUUCAGGUUACAAACUCUGCUAACCCAGAAAUAGUGCUUCAGUUUAAGAACUUUGCUUCAGGAUGAGAAGAAAAACCGUGCUCCGGCGGCGUGGCGGCAGCAGGAGGCCCCAUUAGCUAAAGUGGUGCUUCAGGUUAAGAACAGUUUCAGGUUAAGUACUGACCUCCGGAACGAAUUAAGUACUUAACCUGAGGUACCACUGUACAGGCAUUCUCAACAGUGAUUGAAUGGUGUCUGGUGCCCACCGGGACUGGUGGGGCAGGAUGCAGGGUACCCAAAGGUAGGUUUUGUCCUCCAUCCUCCUCCUUGCUGAGAUUUACCAGGGGCAAAAGGAGGAAAGGCCAACCCCUGGGACAUGCAGGUGGGACAGAUUGAGGCUGGUAAGGCAAUGCCCCAUUUAUUCUAAUGGGCCCCCACUGGUGAGAUCCCAUCCACUGGCCACACUCUGAUAUUGCAUGUUCAGCAUUAAUGUGAAGGGGUCCUGUGUAUGUAUGCCUAUGUCACAGAAGUCUUAAAGGACACACUAGUUAGAAAGUCAUUUAUUUAUAGGUCCCAGGACAUACCAGUUAUUUAUUUAUUUAAAAGCAUUUAUAAUUCACUAAAUGUUUUUGAUUUUUUCUAAGCACUGUACUAUAUAUAUAUGUGUGUGUGUGUGUGUGUGUGUGUGUGUGUGUGUGUGUAAAAAUAUCAUUAACAUGAAAACAACAACAGCAUAAAACCAGUAAAGCAACAAUAUUAAAGCCUUUAAAACAAGAAUUCAGGGAUUUCAGAUAAAUGAAGACAGGUUCCAAGAUUAUAGGUCAGGGAAAGCCUGGGCAAAAAUAUGGUCUGCACAAGACAUCUGAAACAGCUGGUGGUUGCUGCUUCAUGUAAAGUUACAACAAUAUGAUCAUAGAGUUAUUAGAUAACUUUAUUAUUUCUCUUUUUUUAAAAAAAAAUUGUAUUAAAUUUUACAAUUUUCUUGUUCAUCACAAUAACAUUAUCUCAACAAAAAAGAAAAAUACAGUUCCCCAAUUCCCCCCUCCCCCUCCCCACUACUUCUCUCAACCCCGUUUUCUGGUUUAAUAUAUUUUAACUUCUCCUGCUUGUUUUAUUAUAUCUCAAUAAAGCUUUCUUAAGUUUUGAAUAUUAUUCUGAUCUUGUCAUUUUUAUAUUGUCAUUAUUUUCAAAUUACCUCUUACUUUUUAUUAUUUCUUCGUUAAUACAUUUUAGUAUCCAUAUUGUUUUGUUAGUUGUAAGAGUUUAAUCAAACCCUGCUAGUGAGUCCACUUCUUUACAAUAUUUCUGUAAGUACAACAUAAAUGAUUCCCAAUCCUUUUUAAAGUCUCUAUUGUCUUUUUGUCUAAUUCUUCCUGUUAGUUUCACCAUUUCCACAUAGUCCGUCAGUUUCUCUUGCCAUUCUUCUUUAGUUGCUAUCAUGUCGUCUUUCCAUUUCUGGGCUAGUAAUAUCCUAGCCACCAUUGUGGCGUACAUAAAUAACUUCUUCUGUUCCUUUGGCAAGUCUUGACCUAUAAUGCCUAACAAAAAGGCUUCUGGUCUUUUAACAAAGGUCAUUUUAAACAUUCAUUUAAUUUCAUUAUAAAUCAUUUCCCAAAUUUUUAAAAUUAGUUUACAGUUCUACCUCAUAUGAAAAAAAAUGUAACUUCUUUUUCUUUACAUUUCCAUCAUUUGUUAGAACCCGUUCUGUACAUUUUUGCCAUUUUUAUAGGCGUGAUAUACCAUCGCUACAUCAUUUUCAUAUAAUUCUCUUUCAGCAUUAUACAAUCAGUAAAUUUUAGGUUCAGUUUCCAUAAUUUUUCCCAGUCUUCCAUUUGUAUGUUAUGUCCUAAAUCUUGCGCCCACUUAAUCAUUGCACAUUUAACCUCUUCGUCUUUGGUUUCCCACUCUGAUAAUAAGUUAUACGUCUUCUUAAACAAUUUAGUAUUAUCAUCUAUCAUUUCUCUUUGGAAUCUGGAUGAAGUGUAACUGAAUCCUUUCUUUUCAUCUCCUUUAAAUACCUCAUUUAAUUGGUGAUAUUACAGCCAGUCUUGCACAUACUUUGUUAUUUCUCUUAAACAGGAACAUAACAGCAGCAGGAAAUGCCUGGCCCUACCUAGGUACAACUAAGUCUAGUGCCCCCUACUGACUAACCUGUAUAAUGGCAGUAUCCACACAGUCUGUCCUCACAUAGGUCGCCUUCACAUUAAUUCUGAAUGUGUAGCUGCUGACUGGUGCAUUGGCACCAAGGGAACAUAACUGGUGGAUGCAAUCACACUAUCCCCCCACACAUGUGAGAAUAAUUGUGUGUAUACACACACAUGGGUAAGAGGGAAUGGGAAUCCUAAACAAUGGAACUGAAAGAACAUUUGCAAUGCAACAGGUAUACUUUCUGCAAUGUUAAUAUGCUUAGAAGGAUGCAAGAUCAAGAGAGUGACUAUUUCAUGACCUGAUAACAUGAUCUUGAUCACCUGUAGGGACAGGGAAACAUUCCUGCAAUAGGAGCCAAGAAGUGGUCCCAGUGUUUGUCAGUCCUUCCAGUCUGUUCGCACUCAUUGGCCAAAGCACCAGGUGGUAGCAUUUGCACUGGGCAUGGCUUUCCUUUUCACAAAGCAAUAGGUUUUUCCAUUGUAAUUCUUUAAAGAAAGGGGCCUCUGACUUGGAUAGUCGCUGCUGAAAGUUCAGGGAAGAAAAUUAUUGAAUAUAGGGAACCUAUAUUAGUGCUGGUCUCCCCCCACCUCCACCCCACAGAUGGCCUUGGCUGUAGGACUGUGUUACCCAGAAAUCAAUCAUAAAAAACCCAACAAAGCUCCCACCUCCCAUUGUCCCCUGUUUGAUCAAGGGAGAAAGUGCUGCCUGCCGGCUGGUUGGAGCUGUCAGCCUGGGGUGCUAUUCAAAGCACAGGGUAGAUAUAAGCCAUUAGAUGCACACAGAGUAAAAUAGAAAUGACCCGCUUCUCAACACAAAUCCUGUGACAGGGCAGAGAAAAAGGGAGCUCAAAAGCUGUCCUAUUUUUCUCCUCUCCUUUCUUUCUGCAGCUACCUGUGGUGUUUGCCACAGAGUCAGAUUAAAUAGCUGAUUAAGCUUUUUCACAGCCCGGCCUCUCGAUGUUCUGCCUGCUGAGAGCAUUGCUGGAGCCAAAUGUUGCUUCCACUGGCUCCAUUAACCAAAAUGACUUAAGACUUGGACAUUCAGCAGAUUGGGGGCGGGGAGGUGGGGGGAGAGAUCCACUGGGGACAUCAGUUAGAUGUAAAACUGUCUUCCCGCUUGCAGCAAUUGUGGGCUUUUGUUCCCUUGCAGCAAGGAGUGGCUUUUCUAAUAAACUUUUAAAGAGGCACAUUAAAAAAAAAAUUGAUUGAUUGGCGAAGGGAGGAAGCCCAGAUUAACAGCUUUGCUGUGCACACCUAAAAGAAAUAUAUUUAAAAAAACUGACUCUUUUCAAGAGCUUUUCAAAAAUGGAAUAUUUGGUCCAUUUUCAAAUGGUCCUCUUCUGCUUCCUGUACUGUAUUGCUAAAUUAACUUUUUUAUUAUUAAGGGGCAUAACUCAACUGUGAAGUAUGUAUUUUGCUACAGUUUUAUCGACUUUGUUUUAUAGAUUAUUCCAUGGCUUUUACUGUAAUGCAUUGUUCUUUUUCUAAGUUUAUGCCAUGCUUUAUGCAUUUACAUUCUGUAGGUUGCCUUGUGUGUCUAGAGACUAAUAAAUUAUAAUAACAGUAAUAGUAAUUAUAAUCUUUUGUAUCAGAAGGUCCCAGGUUCAAUCCCUGGCGUUUCCAGCUCAGGUGUAGCACAUAAUGAACUCACCUCUUUCUUUUAUUACCUAUUUUGGUUUUAUUUUUCCCCACCACACCUUGCUUUGUGCAACAUCUUAUCUGCUGAAGAGUUCAAAAGCUUGCCAGGCUUUUUGUGGCUUAUGGGUUGGCCCAGAGUGACCCAGUGUGGCAGCACACACACUUUGGAACUCCAUGCCCAUUGACAUUAGCCAGUGUCAGGGACUGGACUGAGGAGGAAUGCUGCCCCCCCCUUCCUGAACCUUCCUGAGAAGAGGAGGACAGUAUAGAUUUAGAUCAGUGGUUUGCAGAAGGUCAUAGUUCAGAGGCUGCAGAGUGGAGAAGCUGGGAAAUAUUGAGAGAGCAGCAGGAAGAAGAAGCACCAGGGGAGAGACAGCUGACAGACUCAGUGUCUCUUGAAAGCAUUCCUGACCCCCUCACAGGACGAGGUGUGCCUUGAGAGUAGUAGAACAGAAAGCUCAGAGGCAGAAAACACAGGUCAGCCGGCGCAGGGAUGACAUAGAAUAGGAGAGAUGGAGGGGAUGGGACUUUACUUGGAGCAACACCAUUAUCUAAGAGAGACUGCAUUCCUUCAUCUCUCUCUGUGAAUAUUGAAUAAACUACUUGGUAAGAACUUUUCUUGUUUAUCUGCUUCUUGGCUGCCACCGUGGGAGGGAUAGGAUUCCCUGAAGCCUGGCAGGCAGGCAGCUUCGCUGUAUGUUUUUUGGCCCCUGCUAAAACCAUUUUUGUUUAAGCAGGCCUGUCCAGAUAUUUAGAAGCUGAUAUGUGUUCUCAUUUGUUGAUUUAAAUUAUAUUUUGCUUUAAAAAAAAAUACCUGUUUUUAACUUUUUUUGUUGACUGUUUUAAUAGUUAUUUUAUUUUUUAUACCCCGUUUAGAAGUUCUAUUUACAAUCAAGUGGUAUAUACAUUUUGUUAAAUAAAUAAAAUUAGAUAGCUGUAGACAUUGUUUCUUCCCUUAUGGAUCAGUGUGACUACCUUUGCUUUAAAAAAGUGACCUUGUUUCUUUUCUCCCCCUCCCCCCAUCUAUAAUUGGGAAAACAUCUCUGAGUACAAUUGUAUUUCUCUUCUAAAUCUAUUAGGGUUGUACAAAAUUAAAAUGCACAUUCAAAUCCCUAAUCCUCUUACCUUGAAAUGCAACCACAUCAUUAUAAAAAUUAUCCUCCCUAUGAAUACUCUGAAUUAAUUCAAUAACUAUUCUCAGUCACCUCUCUGAUCCUAAAUAAUUAACAAUAAAAAUGAUUCCAAAUAAUAUAUUGUGGUUUUUUGCUCCAGUUUUUGCUUCAUGUCCUAUAACUUUACAUUUGCACUUUUGUCUAUUGCACGGUUUCCCAAGCUUGAGUCUCUAGCUGUUUUUGGACUACAACUCCCAUCAUCCCUAGCUAGUGGGACCAAUGGUCAGGGAUGGUGGGAAUUGUAGUCAGCUGGAGACCCAAGUUUAGGAAACCCUGGUCUAUUGAUUGGAACCCAAUCCCCCAUAGGACUGGAAUUUUUGCAAUAAGGAAAGUGAUGGGGAAAUGUACCGGGAAGCAUGGGAUGCCACACAUGGAAUUUGAUACAACAUCCUCUCAAACAUAUCAGGAUGAAAAUUCAUUAAGCCAACGUCAUCAGAUCUCUCUGCAAACAAAUCAGGAUGGCUGCUCAAUAAAUAUGUCAUCUGGAAGCACCUUGGGAUGGGAUGAGAAGGCUGCCCCUAAGUCCUUCAGUUCAGGUGGCAUCGCUCAUUAUCGAAGGAGGUAAGCCAAGACUGGCAUGCUCCUUCCUUUGAACCUUUAGUAACUCCCUGGUUUAAUUUAUCAGUGAGUUCCUCACAACAGUACCACAGAAUCUACUGUUCUGUGCUUGCAUGAGCCAUCACGCAAUUUCUCUUGCAAUAACAAUGCAAAGGUGGAGCUUAUAAUGUUACUCUUCACAAAUUCUGUUCCAUCUGCUCCUCACAUCUGUGAAAAAAUCUAAAUGUAGGCAGAAAACAGUCUGGAUGUUUAUUUUUAAAAGUGUUAAUGAUAUUUUCGUAGAGCCUCUAUAGGGACUCAGUAAUAGAUUGGUUAAGUCCUGGCCUGCUGUAACCUGCCCUCUGUGUUCUAAAAGUGAGACAUCUUCUCAGAAUAUUGCUUUGUUUGUGGAAGAGUAAAUUGCUGAAAUGUAUGUGUUUUGUGCAUGUGUGUACAUGCGCAAAAUAAAGUUCAGCCAAUGGAAUUCAAUAUGAUAAAACAGAGGUCUGAUUGAUGUUCACCUGUCUGGGUGAAGGUGAUCUGCAGCUUUUCCAUAAUUAAAGUCCAUCAUAUAUUUAAUUGUUAUUUAAUUAUAUGACAGUUAUUCUUUAACUAUUAUAUUUAAUUCCUGUUGAAUAAUACUGAAUCUUAUCCAAUAUUAAUGCAGUUAUAUAAACAGUAAACAAACAUAGAUACAUAUAUAAUCAAGCUUCCUAAAUUGGUAUUAGGAACAUCUGUAAUGAUCAAUAAACGUUAACCAAACAGUAUAAUAAUAAUAAUAAUAAUAAUAAUAAUAAUAAUAAUAACUAUUAUUAUUAUUUAUUAUUUAUACCCUGCCCAGUUGGCUGGGUUUCCUCAGUCACUGUGGGCAGUUUCCAACAGAAUAUUAAAAUACAAUAGUCUAUUAAACAUUAAAAGCUUUCCUAAACAGGUCUGCUUUCAGAUGUUUUACAAACAAGAUGUAUUACAAACAAGGCUGAUAUUACAUAUAAUAAAGGAAAAGAGUUACUAGUUCUUGUUUGACAUUUCAUGUUGCAUUUACUGGAACUUCUUUUGUAGCCAUAGUAGUAGGGAAAUCAAAUGCUAGAAACCCAAAUAGAUGAGAUGGGUCCUUGUAGGGCAAGGAAUGGCUGCACAAACUUCUUAGGAUUCCCAACACAUUCAGCGCAGUAAUCAAGGGAAGCAGGUUAGUUGGAUCUGACAUAAGCUGCUCUGCCCUGUGUUUUCUGAGGGUCUUUCAAUUCACACUUCUCUGUCCCAGUCAAGUUGCUGCAGCCGCCUCACAGGGGAUUUGCUUGUGUCUUCUUGCAGACUUGUCACAGACACCAGUGAAGAAGUGGAAGAUGAGAACCAUCUGGGCAAGCCAAUUACCCCAAGACAUUGCUGUCCCCCACCAGGCAUCAGUGUCCUUGAGAAGCUCAUCAAGACAUGCCCGGUUUGGCUUCAGUUGAGCAUCAGCCAGGAAAAAGCUGUCCAAAUACUCUGCAAGGAGCCCGUAGGGGUAUGUCUACACUUUCUCUGAAGAAUACUGUUUUGUGGUUCUUGAGGGAGAUGACAUGCAGACUUAGAUCAUGGGAAGCCAAUGUGCUAUACUCCAAACGUUGUUGAACUCCAACUCCCAUCAGCCCCAGCCAGUAUGUCCAAUGGACAGGAGUGAUGGAAUCUGGGAUCCAACAACAUCUGAAGGGCAACAGAUUUCCUGCCCCUAAACAAGAUUCUGUUUUCUUGGUGUAUUUUGCAGCUUUUUUCCUCUCCCCACUGAUUUCACUAUUUUAGACUGUUAUCGAACGUAUUGUGGGAUAGUGCAUUUUAGCAAGUUUAUAAUGCAUUUCAGCAAGUUAUUAUCACUAACACAUUCAUUUUUAUUUGUACUUUCCCUUAAUAUAUGCAUUCUGUACACACUUCUUCUUCUUCUUCUUGGAAAACUGCACCGCAAAAUUUGGAAAUGUGGGAAUUUAGAGGGACAGCUACUUUUCAAUUUGUGGAUUGUUUCAGGAAGUGCUGAUUAGGUAGGUUCCCAUUAAAAUGCAAACAAAUCCAAAUUUCUCCCCCACCUGUGCUCUGAUUAUAGUCUAGUGGCCUUUUUUAGCCGCAGAGAAAUGUAUUUAAAUGAUAGCCAUCUAUCCAACCUGGUGUUGUUUGGCUCCAGGACUUGACAGUCAGAAAUUCUGGACAUAUGGCAGAGUCCUACUGAAACCAUCAACUCUGGUGUGGAGAGGCAGUGAAAGAAAGACUAAUUCUAUGAUUCUAUGGCAUUAGGAAACAGGCUGAGAAUAAGACAGCUAGUACCAUUAUGCCAAUAAAUACUGUAUAUAAAUCAGAGGUGGCGCCUUAUCUGGUGUAUUGUGUAUAGCAUGGGUGGGGAUACUUUGGGCCUGUGGCCCUCUAGAUGCUGUGGGACUCUGACUCUCAUCAGCCUGACCCAGGAAUGCCAGUGGUCAGGAGUGAUGGGAGAUCUGGUCCAAUAACAUCUGGGGGACCACAGUUUUCACUGUUUCCUUGUAUAUAGUCUGGUUUCCUGUUUUCAGAAAAGGACAUCAUAGCCAGGGGAGGCCCAUACAUAAAAUGUGCAUGUGUUAAUUUAUCACUUAAGAUGCAUAGGCUGACUCUCACAGGCAGAGGUGUCCUAAAAGUAAAGGGUGUGUUCGUUUUUUAGUUUUAACAGUGAUGAAAAUGGGGAGGAGAUCCAGGACCCAGUGCCCCCAAAACCCAGGCCCAUCCCUUAACAGCAUUCCUAAUCAGAGUCCAUUCUAAAAAAAAAAGCAUAUUGUAGAGCUGGCAAAGGUGCAGAAAAGCGUAAUCGACAUGAUCAAUGAGCUGGGGCAACACCCUAUGAAGAAAGAUGACAACACUGAGAGCUUUUUACUUGCACAUGACAGCCAUUUAUAACAUGGUAUUGCACAUAGUGUGGAGAAAACGGAUACGGUUCUUUUUCUCAGUCUCCCAAAAUACCAAACCCUGGGGUUAUACAAUGAAGCUGAGCACCGGGAGAUUCAAGACAGUGUCUUCACACCGUGCAUAGUUAAACUGUGUAUUUUUCUGAUGUAUGAUGUAGUAAUGGCCACCAACUGCUUUGAAAGAGGAUUAGAGAAAUUAGUGGAGGCCAUGAAUGGCAUUUUACCUACAGGAUCGGUAAAAGCAUGUAUCUGAAUAUCAGUUGUUGAGAGAGGGCUAUUGGGCUCAGAUCCUUUCUGUAGGCUUCCUAUAAGCAUCUGGUUGGCUGCUAUGGGAACAGAACAUUGGUCUACUCUAGACCUUUGGUCUGGUCCAGCAGGGACCUUUUAUAUUCUUAAAUAAAAGGUACAUAAAUCUUGACCCAGUUCUGAUAUAAUGACUACUGAACAGGUCAUACUUGAAUGACCCCUUUUUGUUGUUGUUGCAUGAUAUAAUUUCACGCACCCUCUUUUCUCUGGUUAGAUAUUCAUAGUUCGGAAAGAUGAGAACCUGAAAAAUCUGCUUCUCUCAGUUCAUUUCCCAGCCCUGGUGGAGGCUUCUGACAUUUCAGAAUACAGGAUUAAAGAAGAAAAAUCAUGUAAGUUUAUUCCUGAGUUUUGAAACUUAUCUCUCCACCAAACUAUUUUGCACCCUGUCCACAAUAUACCUGCACCUAGAUCAUUUUCAAUGCAAAUGUGUGUGUCUCUUCAUUAUGAUCUCCAUUAAGAUUCAGGACAGGCAAAAGAAAGUGCUUCUUCACAAAGUGCAUAGGUGAACUAUGGAAUGCACGCCCACAAAAAGUAGGGAUGGCCACCAACUUGGAUGGCUUUAAAGUAGGGAUUAGACAGAUUUGCUGAACAUAAGGCUCUCAGUGGCUACUAACCCUGAUGGUUAUGUUCUACCAUCACUGUCCAGAGGCAGCAUGAUUAUGGAUACCAAUUGCUGGAAACCACAAAUGUCCAGCUGCUGCUUUGAAUGCCUCCAGCCAAGGAGAGCCCAAGCCUUAGGAAAGAGUUUCCCUGUGGUUUUUCCAUUCUCUUAUCAUUGUCUCAUAAACACAUUUCAUAUCAGUGUCUUCUCAAAACACUGGUUAUCUUCACCAAACAUGUUAUGUCUCCACCUCCUGCUGGGCUUCCUGUUGAUGACCUCCUUGGCCUCGCAUUAAAUACAAGUGUUCCUCCUCAUCCUUUUUAUCUAACCAGUUGCCACGAUUCCACACUGGCAGUUUCCUUUGCCUCAGUGAGAGUCCCUUUGAGCCGCAAACAACUUUUCUGACUGCUUACGCACUGGGCGUUCGAGUUGGAAUUAUCAUUUUGCAAGGCGGCCAUACAAUGAUGUCAUCCAUUCUUGUUCCUUCACAGUGCUUUUUUUGUAUUUCUUUUCUUACUGCAGAAAGCUGAAGGGCCCCCUCAAACUGUUGCUGCAGCUGUUGUUAGCAGGUGUAGUCUGCAACAUGCCAGUAAUACUACAUUAAUGGUGGACAGUAAGUGACCCUCUGGAGGUUGUUGGACUCCAACUCCCAUCAGCCCCCGUCAGCAUGGCCAGUAAUCAAGUCUGAUGGGAGUUGGAGUCCAACAGCCUCUGGAGGGGCACAGGUUUCCUGUUCCUCUGUUCCUGUUCCUUCUUGGCAUUCACACGAAUUGGAUGGCCUUCCUGUCUUCCUUGUUCUCAAGUAUCUACUUUGUGGAGUUAUACUGCCCUUGCAGAGUCUAGUUUACCUAUCAUGGCUAAUGUAAUGACCUAUCCUCAGUGAUUUUGUCUGAUCCUUUUCCACAGCUGUAGAAGAUAAUGGCCAUCACUAUGUCUUGAGGUCAUGAAUUCCACAUUGGAAUUGCUUUGCUGGGUCAGACAAAUGUCCAAAAUAAAAUGUUAAUGAAAGAGCCAAAGUUUGAAUCAGGGACGGUGAGGAAAGGAGCACAUCUGGUGUGGGCUGCUUCCAUGUGACACCACAGCCCGGCCAACAAGACAUUCCAGACAGGAGUUGGGGUGCAUGAGGCCCACACCAUUAAGUACACCACAGCUGCUGGAUAAAACACAACAUCUGGAAGCUUUAAAGGCAUAUCUCAUCGGGGAGGAGAUGGAGGAGAGGGAUGGCAGACAAGGAUGGAAGGAGAGUGAGGAAAGUGCAAGGACGAAUUUUACUAAAGGAGGAGGAGAGGAAGGGAAGAAAAGAAGGAUGUUGCCCUACCUCGAUGAUGGCUGAGGAACUAGGGUGGGAAGAGGAAAGGGGAAGAAAGAGGGAAGGGUCUAAGGCUGUUGGCCCAGUGGUGAAACAAGUGAAGAGAAAGGGAGAGGAGGAAGGAUAGAACAUGUGGAAACUUUAUAUUUACAAAUAGAGAUGCUUAGAUGAAGCAGGCAUCUCUGAAGAUAAGUGACCACCUGGAACUCCAAGGAUCCUUGUAACCUUAGACAGGGCAUCCUUGAAAAACUGGAUAAAACUACACCAGCUGGAUGAUCUGCUUGCUUAUAUGGGGAGAAGGCAUUUUACUUAUGUGAUUUUUGAAGUGGGAUGUGUGCCCCUCCUUAAUUACACUACUGGCAGUUUUCCAACAUAGACCUUCUAGUUACAUAAGCCACCACCGCAUGCCGGCCUUCACAGUUCCUGCUGAUAAGGUUAUUAAGUGAAUUCAGAUGCUAAUGGCUACCCUGGAGUACCACAGCCUUCAAAAUACAAUGCCCUGUGCUCCAAGCAGCCUGGCACACAAUGGCCCUCUUGCUGAUGAAAUUUCUCCAGCAGAAUGUUCUCAGAAACUCCAUUCACAGGGGUAAUGAGUUGUGCCAAAGAGAGGUCAAACGCUUUAAACACAUAUAUACUUUUCACAGUAGUUAGCCAUCUGAACUUCACAGCCUCCCGCAUCCCCUCCCUGAAAAAUAAAAUAAAAUAAAAUGAGAGUUACGUUUUACCCUGAUGCCCCCUGGAGAGCUUGAGCUCAUUUUCUGAUAAGCAGCAUUGCAAGCUGGUGGUGUUUGCCUCGCUGCUGCUGCUGCUUUUGGAAAGGUUAAAAAGAAGCAGCAAGCAACCAGCGUGCAUACAUUUCUUUGAAUCUCUGGCACUGCAAACUGCUCAAGCCGCAGAAGUGCUUGGGGAAUAUUCAUGGGCUUUAUGGCAUAUCAUGAUUCAGAGAGUGUUAAAUUAGCUUGAACAAUUGAGGAGCUAUGAAACUAUCUCGAGUGGCAUCCAUGCAUUAUUCAUAUGGAAGCUAAUGAGGGAAUUGAAGGGGAUAACUAGGCAGAGGUAGGCAAAAGGCAGCUUUAUUCUUUUGACUGAAGAGACCAUUUUGCUCUGGCUUAAUCCUGCAUCAGUUUGGGAACUCCCGGGAGUUCGGUGUUGUUUGUGGCGGGCGUCAUUUAGCCCACAGAUACUGUGCGCUUUGAAAUCUUCCGUUCCAUGGCAAAAGAUUUAAUGAAAUGUUGCAUAAACUAAUUGCAACACAAUGCCAGUAAUAGGAUUGCCCCUUGAGGUUGUUUGUUACAUGUGUAUUCCGUGCUUCCCUCCUGCUGCUUCUCCAAAGAGCUCUGCACUGUUCGUACAUACUGUACAGUGGUACCUUGGGUUAUGUACGCUUCAGGUUACAUACGCUUCAGGUUACAGACUCCGCUAACCCAGAAAUAGUACCUCGGGUUAAGAACUUUGCUUCAGGAUGAGAACAGAAAUCAUGCUCCGGUGGCGCGGCGGCAGUGGGAGGCCCCAUUAGCUAAAGUGGUGCUUCAGGUUAAGAACAGUUUCAGGUUAAGAACGGACCUCCAGAACGAAUUAAGUACUUAACCCGAGGUACCACUGUAAUUAUUUGCCAUGUUUUAUAUACAGUGGUACCUCGGAUUAAGAACUUAAUUCGUUCUGGAGGUCUGUUCUUAACCUGAAACUGUUCUUAUCCUGAAGCACCACUUUAGCUAAUGGGGCCUCCUGCUGCCGCUGCGCUGCUGGAGCACGAUUUCUGUUCUCAUCCUGAAGCAAAGUUCUUAACCUGAGGUACUAUUUCUGGGUUAGCGGAGUCUGUAACCUGAAGCGUCUGUAACCUGAAGUGUCUGUAACUCGAGGUACCACUGUACCUUCUUUCUGCUGAUGAGCUCAAGGCACUUCACAGUUAAAAUAAUGGAUUAUAAUUGAUGACAUAUGUGCUAUCCCGAGACAUCGCCUCCUGUGAGUCAAGGCUCGAGGUACAUAGUACCAAAGGCUGGCCAAGGUAUUUUGGCACCCAAGGCAGGAAACUCCACACGUGCCCCUCUCUGGAAGCAAAAACACAGCAGUAAUUAAAUAAUGUAACAAUUUGCUACCUUUUCACGGCACCCCAAGCCAGCUGCCUGUAAACAGCAGCCUCACCCAACCAGUGAUAGGGACAGUCUCAAGGAGAAGAAGCAAAUUUGGUUGCCUUGGCUACAGAUGAGGUAUUAUUCUUAUUUUUUGUGCGGGAGCUGUUCUGUACCACAGUAUUAAUUUUAUUAUCACUGUCAAACUGUUAAUUACUGGAUUCUAUGCAUUUUAAUGACCUGGUCUAUCACGUAGUGUAUCGGAAACCACUUUGCAUUCAGUAUAUAACGAAAAGCGGUAUACAAAUAAACAAAGAAAUAUAGAAAUAAAAUUUCCAGGAGGGCAGGCGCCAAAUAGCAACAGGUCCUAGCCAGGCUAAUGGAGGAAGCCUUGCUGCCUGUAACCGUUCCCCUUCACUGCAACUGGGUGAAAUGGGUGCAGAUGGAGACAGUUGUGGAGGCCCAGAGCUAAAUGGUACUGGAUCCAGAGCAGAUUGAUGCCUCACCCCCAGAUCAUUGACUUUGACAUCCUGCCUCUUCCUUUGAUUCAGCUAGAUGGAAAGACUGCUGGAGGAGGCAGUUUUGGUAAAGGGCCUUUGGUCCCAGCUAGACUAAAUGAAUGGUUGCAGAGCGAGUUCCAAAGUAGUAUCCUGUCGACAUCAAUUCUACCUUCUGACCAGUGACAGCAAAGAGUUAAGUAGCAUGGAGAAGUGGCAGGAAGACAAUGUUUGAUUUCCAAAUUCAAUCCCAUUCAGUGUACGGAAGAUGUCACCACAGACAUGCAGGACGAUCCUUGGAGCCUCUGGGAUGUUGCAUUCCGGUCAUGGUGACUCAUUCUAUUUUUAGCUCAAGUAUCUCUGUCCGUUCUCCAUAUUUAGUAACUUUGACCGCAGCACACCAGAGCAAACUCAGGGUCGUGCCUCCGAUUUCCUUCCUCAUUCAGGGUAAGUUGCCCACCUUGUUGUAUCUACUCGUGAAUUAUCUGUAUAACUUUUUUGAAAAAGAAGAGAAAUUCUCUCUCAUAUAUUUUUUUCUAAGGAUACAAUAACAUUGGUAGUGCCUGCAUGCCAGGGCAAUCUGAUAGACUUCCUGCAGUUUAAAUCAUUAUUAAAAAAAAAAGAAGUAACUUUGCUUUAGCAAAGUUAAUUGGCUUCAGACUAACUGUACACAUGGAUUAAACAUGGAGAGCAAAGGAUUUAGCUGAGCUAAAGCAUGAUUCCUUCCAUUGACCUUGGGAUUCUCAAACAAAUGUCAUUAUUAAGGUCAGAACUAUUCACUAGUGUAAACAAAGGGAGAGGAGAGCGAAGUUUUAUAGCCAGGAAAUGUGCCUGUUCAGACUGAAGUAGCUUUCAAAGAAGCAUUCCUGAUAAUACAGACUCAAAGCAGUGCUAGUAAAGGUAAAGGGACCCCUGACCAUUAGGUCCAGUUGUGACUGACUCUGGGGUUGUGGUGCUCAUCUUGCUUUAUUGACCGAGGGAGCCGGCGUACAGCUUCCGGGUCAUGUGGUCAGCAAACCAGAGCAGCGCACGGAAAUGCCGUUUACCUUCCCGCCAGAGUGGUACCUAUUUAUCUACUUGCACUUUAAUGUGCUUUCGAACUGCUAGGUUGGCAGGAGCAGGGACCGAGCAACGGGAGCUCACCCCGUCGCGGGGAUUCCAACCACCGACCUUCUGAUCAGCAAGUCCUAGGCUCUGUGGUUUAACCCACAGCGCCACCCGCGUCCCCAAAGCAGUGCUAGUGGGGGCCAAAUCCUGUAUCACAGGCUGGAUGGAGUGCUGGACUGCAACUUUGGGUAUCCGGGUAUCCUCACACCAAUUUAAAGGACACUAUUUCUCUGCCUUAGGGUUGCUGGGCACAGGGGCAGUCCUGCCAUGAAGCAUGGUGAAGGGAUUGGGGCAGCUGAAGCCUGGGACUCCAUGGUGCAUGGCCCACCCCCACCCCCUGAGAUGGCCACCAGCAUUACUUCAGUUGUGAAGCACACAAUUACCAUUUCUCUCCCCCACAGCCAUGGCACGCUUACAAAUAUGUGGGGAACCUUUUUCAGUCCAAGGGGCACAUCUCCUCUGGGCAAACUUCUGCAGGUCACAUGCCAGUGUUGGGCAGGGUCAGAAGAACAAUGAAUUUAAAUGUUGCCAGGGCCGGCUCACCCAUGAGGCUGGGUGAGGCAGCUUCCUCAGGUAGGGGGAAGCUCAAGAACAGGCCCUUCUGCAGGUGCCCUGCCUUCGCUACAAGAGAAGCAGCACAGGCAGAAGCACCAAGGAGAUCUUGCCAAAAAUCUAAUGAAACUUUGUCAAAAUCCCGUGAGAUCCCAUGAGAUCUCGUGAUAUUUCAGCAAGGACUCUCAAUAUCUCACCAGAACCCACGGUCAACAUCACCGCUUUGCAGGUGCUGCUGCACAUCCCAGAUAAGCGAGGCUUCAGUGGGGCAGGGCAACACAUUCCCAUUUUGCCUCAGGCAGUGCAACAGGGUGUACCGCCCCUGAAUGUUACCUUUGUGCAGUAUGCUACUUUCAGCCCACACUUGACACCCCUCUCUAUCCUCCAUCCAGGCAAGCAAGAGUCAUUAUUUGAGCUGAAGGAUAACUAGCCAGGCAAAAAAUUAUCAAGGGUGUGUGUGUGGGGGGGUGUCAUUUGGACUCUUUGUCAGGUAACAAGAAGUUUGGGGGCAGCCCUGGUUGUGAGGAUCCACCUGGGGGAGAGACUGUCCUCUAUCAGUUUGUCUCCAACUAGUAGUGAAGUCUACAUAUUUUGCUCUUGAGGGUAGGGCAGGGCUGGCCCAGUAAAUUUUGUUGUCUGAAACAGGAUUGCACAACCUGCAAAGGAAUGGGGCUUUCUACCACUUUGCGUUUGGUUUAUGUCGUUGCAAACACCAAGUUGUAAGAUGGUUGCUUUUUGUUCAAAUGAAUGCACAGGGGACUAUUUCGCUUGCAAAGUGGUUCGCGAGGGGUGGGUGUCAAAAGUUUAAGGGGAAGUGUUGCUCAGGCAGUUUUGUAAGGCAGGGGUGAUGAUUCAUGGCUGCUUGCACGUCCCCAAGAAAGAGGACUCAAGAUUUGUACAAGCUAUAAACUGAGAAAUGCAAUGCAUCUCAUCAGAGUCAACAAGACUGUGAUCAGGGGGCCCGUGUGCCUGUUCAACCUGAUGUUUAAGCGCUUUCUGUUGAUGGGCAACUUCAAGGCCUCUGCUCUCCUUUUUCGUCAUUCUGCAAGCUGUGCUUGGAUCAGACGGCUGUUCAGAUAGAGAUCCUCUUCAAACAGGGGCCUGUUCCCUGCAAAAUAGGACAUAUCCCUACCCUACAUUUGGCUAGUUAUGGACUAAUCUGUCCAUUUUGGUUUCUCUCGGAUUUUCAUUUUUUCCUAUCGUAAGUUCAGUUCCCCACAUUUCUGCAUCAGUUCCCUAUUUUAUUUAAAGUCCUCAUGAAAAUUAAUCAGCAUUUUAGUGUUACUAUGAGACGGACAAAUCUCCCUUUCAGUUUCUUGAAUUUUCUCAUUUUCCCAGUUCUCCACAUUUCCACAUCAGUUUGUGCUUUUUUAAAAACUUCAUGAAGAUUCAUCAGCAUUUUAGUUUCAAUUUCCCUUAAUCUACACAUUUUUCUAUGCAGUUAUGCAUGAUGUACACGUUUUGCAAUUUCCCAUAAUAAACCCAGUUUUGUACACUUUUUUAAAAAAAAGUCUGCAUGCCGCAUCAUCAUAUGAUUAAGACAAGUGUGAAUUUCAAAGGGAGGAAUCCAGUGUAGCACUAACUCCCGCAUUGUGUCUGUUUCUGCUUACACAACUAAAUCCCCACCCCACCUUGCACCCAUCUCUAAAUCUGUUCUGAGGUUUACCCCAACCCUCUGAAGCAAAUUGGGGGAGGGUGUAGGGCUCAUGGAGGGAUAAGAGAGGGGUAGAAAUUCUACUGCACAAAAAGACAUCGUUGCGACUUGAACAGCGCCGAUAGGUUAGCUGCAUUUCGGUUCACACAUUGUUUUGGGAAGUGCAGAUUAGGUCUAUGUGUCACAUGGAGCUUUGUCCUCCAACAUCUCACUGCUGCCCCCCCCCCCGCACACCACAUCACCAGAUACCUGAGUGACCCCCCACAUUAUUUCCAUUGGUUGGGUUGGCCUGGCGGGCUGGGGACCACUUUGUAUCUUAGGGUAGUUUGCUUUCUGUAAAAAUAAGAUAUAUAAUCAGAGUAUUUCCAGAAUCUGAGAAGAUUCAGGGGUUUUUAUUCAGAGUAUAAUAGGGAUUUUCCAUACUGUCCUGAAAAUGUCAGAGUUGAUGGGAACUCUGCCCCGGGUUAUUUGAAAGAAAACUUGAAGCAGUUCUUGAGGCAGCCAGAAAACACAAACAGUUUUCAUUUUAAACUUUAAUCACUUUCUCUAAGGUGAAACUUCCUGAGGAAAGGAAAGAAAAUCUCCCUCUUGUAAGUAAGCACAAUUUCCUUCUUUCUGUUCUGUUUUCUUUGGAACAAAAGGCCUUGCCUUGCCUUGUGCCCAAGUAGUGUAGGUGUUUCUCAGAAUUCACAUAUUAUUGAUGAGGAAAUAUGUGGACACCGAAGCAGCGCUAUACCUUUUGGCAGGACCAACUUAACCACCAAAAAUAGUGAGCAAGCUUGUGAGUUCUCCAGAAUUUUUCUUCAGUUAAGUAGAAGAAAAAAAUAGCUGGCAGGCUUACCUGAGAGCAACAGGUGGCAGUGAAAACAGGUGUACCUUGCAUCAGCAUCUCUCUGGGGAGUUAAAAUGGUCACUCCUACCAUUGAAAAAUUAUUUAAAUGGGUGGGCCCAGGGCAGGUAGACCUCAGCAGUAGGCAGUACAGUAGUAGAGUGUGCCUUAGGGCAGAAGCAGUUUGACACAUGGGGUGGUGCUGCUACACUAGCUUCCUGGCAUGUGGGUCACUGUUGCUUACUGGGGGGAAAGGGGUAGGGUGAUGCAAAUGCAGUGACAGAAGGCCUAGAUUGGCUGACUGCCCUGCCACCCAGGGGUGCCAGCUAUAGGGGCAGAAGGGGCUUCAGCCCCCCAAUAUUUGUAGGCAGGGGGUUGAGCCCCUAAAUAUUGAGGGGGCCACCAUUCCACACCACCUCCAGCAAGCACUGGCACGCUGGGUGGGGGCGGGAGGCGUGGAGAGCGCUUUUCACCCUCCCCGCUCCCCACUGCGAUCACUUCCUCAAAGGGACACCCACACGUCCCAGCAGGCCUGGCCAGACUUGGGGGGUAUGUGAGAUGUCAUGCAUGCAUGACAGCCCCCCAAAUGUUGGGCCCAACUUGGCGCACCUGCUGCCACCUCACCCCUCCGGCUCCUGGUGAGCUAUAGGGACCCAGCUAACUGGAAGCUGGCAUACAGCUCUGUCCCUGACAGCAAGCUGCUUCUGCCUGAAGGUGCUGUGUGUUGGUGUCAAAGCUAAGAGAUUUUCACCAGUCUCCCACCCCCUCAGCUAACUUGAAGGGUGAUAGUGAUGCAGCAAUAAAACUGCUAGCACAUUUGCAAAACUAAGCAGAGUCCAGUAUGGUUUCAAAUUGGUUGGGGGACUGCGUGUUGACAUUCUUGCAUUGCAGAGGAUUGAACAAGAUGACUCUCGUGGUUCCUUUCCAGCUCUACAUUUCUAUGAUCCUCCCUCCCUCCCUCUCUGCCUCUCUCUCAUUGGAACAUUCUAGUCCAGGGGUGAAGAACCUUUUUGGCUUGGUGGGCGAGAGCUUUAUCUCCCCACAUCCCCAUAGGCCAACUUUGACAAGUGGGUGUGACUACCCAGGUGCCAAUCAUUCAAUGUCAGGAUGAUAUUAGGUGACUGGUAGGCCACCUGAUAGGUGGACAGUCCCCCCUACCUGUCAAAGUUGACUCACAGGCAUUCCCCUACCAUCUAAGGUUUUACUUCAUGCUUUUCUUCUUGAGUCUAUGAAUUGGUUAACCUUUAAGGUGCCUCAAGACUCUUUUACUUGUUCUUGUUGAUGUUAACAUUUAUAUAGCCACACAUCAGUAAUAUCUUCUAGAUACUUUCCAGCAGACAUUUGCAAACUGCACCCCGCCGCCCCCCCACCCCCGCGCACACAUCAGUGAGGUGAACAGGAAACAAAAACUGAACUAUGCAUGCUAAUCAUUUUCUACUAAUAAUUAAGCUGAUAUCCAGGAAAGAAGUUUUAAAACACACACUCAAAAGUCCCUACUGUAGUUAGUUAGUUAAUCAAUACAUAAUAUUUAGAGAUGAACAUUUUGCUGCUCCUAUUGCAUAUAAUACCUUGCCAUUGAAGUCAUUGUCCAGGACAUUAAUAUUUCUCAGGCUUAAAAAAAGCUUUGAAUGGCAUUUUUUUACACAUAUGAAACUAAAAGCACUUUCUAGCCCCUCUUGUACUAUUUGCGCUCAUCUGCAAAUGUUCUUAAUGUCAGGUGGAAAGUGGAAGAGAGCUAUUUAUAAAUCCAAUCUGCAUUCUAGCCAGUGCCUGAUUUUUACAUUUGCAUUGCAAAAGCCACUUUGUGUGUGUGAAAACACCCUGGCGGGGCUCUCAUGUAGUUGGUGUGAAGACAGUCUGUUUUACUUUUUGUUUUGAAACUUACAUUGUGUUCAUGAAAGGAAAUUUGAAUGAACUGACCUUCGCAAGGAAGUUGUAAUGUGUUAGAGAGAGUGGAGGGCAGGAGGAGAGGGAGAGAAUGAAAGAGAGAGGGGAGCAAUGGAUGCAACCACUAUAAUGCUUUGCUUGUUAUGAGAGAAAACUGGUGCCCUUGGGCAACCAAAAUGAUUGAGAGACCGCAGCAAGCCCCUCCACUUUGAGAAAGGUUGACUCAGUUGCUGUACCUGAUCACCUGUUUAUCACCUGUUAGUUCUUUAAUUCAGCAGUCAUAUAAAAUGCAGAAAUGAACAGGUUAAAUUGUUUGCCAGUAUGAAGGUGCAUUUUGGGGAGAAGCUUCUCCCAUUGAUUUCUUCCUCUUAUGCAGGUGUACUCAGCAUUGAUCCUUUACCUAUAGAAAGAUGGCAAUGCUAUGCCUGCAGCUUGGCGACUCCGCCAAUAUCUCCCUUCAGAGAAAUUCAUGAACAGUACAUGAAAUAUGUUGUGGAAAGCUGGUCUCUUGGUGCUAGGUGGCUUGAGAAUUAAUUGCAUAGCAGGAAGCUACUUCCACAAGACCUUUCGUAUGUGAUAGUAGGCUUGUGGAAUGGUCAUGACACAAUAUGAAACCGUUUUUAAAAUGCUGCCUCUGAACAACUGGGAAAGCAGAACUGAGUUUAGGAGAUGAACCAGAGUGAAAUAUUUCUUUAAAUAAACUGUUUAUCUUUAGUUCCUUCACUGUUCCUUGCUAAUUUCGCUGUACCGUAUCUUAUAAAAAUGUAUAAAUUUAGAUUGACAUUUUGCCAUGUGAAUGAGUGUUUUGCAAUGCUUCCUAGUUCAAAUAUGAAACGUUCACAUCCUCAUUCCUUGAGGAUUCAUCAGCUUCCUGAUUUAUACAGAAAAGUCCCUGAUUUUUUCCCUCUCUUGUUUCUCAAUCAGUACUGUAUUUGGAAGGGUCCUUUCUCGUGUUUGAAGAUAUCUUCAAACUGAUUGCAUUCUACUGUGUCAGUAGGUAAGUUGGAUUUAUGUUUUCCGAUUAUGGUGUCUCUGUUCACAUAUGGGAAUGUUCAAUGGGGAGAUUCUAGGACAACAUAGCCCAUCAAAUUGGGUGAUUCCUUACGCAUCGCCAAAAAGAGAGGACAAAAAGGGCAGCAAUCAAAAAGGGCACAUUUGCAUAACAUUUGCAUCUCUUAACAGGCAUUCUUGCUUUUGGCUGUGGGGACAUCUUGAAGACUUAUUUAUCCCAACAGGUCUAUGCAGUUGUUAAAAACCUUUCUGAGGAGCCAUUCAUUUAAUGAUUCUUCUGAGGUACUUCUAAUGGUGUGUGUGUCUAUAUAUCGUUGCAUAUUGCCCAUAUUUUGCGAGAGGUUAGCAUAUAAAUCUUUUACAAAUGAAUGUGUUUUGCAACUGAACAAAACCAGAAAACUGUCACUGCAUAUUCACUCCCUUGUGUUCAUGAAAGUGAGAAGGCAAUUAUGAAAGAAAGCUUCUCAUUUGAUGUUGUUGUUAUUGGUUAUAUCUGUACAUCAUGCUGAUAGCAUGUUUCGGUGAACACAGAGCUGCUGCCACUCUUCCUCAUAAUGCUAAAUAACAUAGAAUCAUAGAAUUGUAGAGUUGGAAGGGACCCUGAGGAUCAUCUAGUCCAAACCUCUGCAAUGAAGGAAUCUCAACUAAGUCGUGUGAUGUCAUUGCCUUCUGUUUCCUUGCCGUUGUGCGACUUUGUUGGCUGCUGCUUGCAAGGGGUGGAAAAACUCAGAGCAUAGUGACAUCAGUUCCCAAGUCUCUAACUAAACAUCAGUGGGGAGACAUAGUGUGGGCACGAGUUCCUCUUAGUUUGGACAAUGUACAAUUGCUCAGUGACCAAAUUUCAGCAGGGGUAUAGGAGGUUCUGCUUUUAAAAAUAUUCAAGGGCAUACAGAAUGCUUUCAAUUGGUGGGGAGAGGCUGUUUGGCAAAUUAAUUUUUAACACACACUCAGUAAAAGUGACGUCCAAAUUUAUGUAUGGAUUUUCAAAAGAACAAAAGAAAGGAAGUAGGGGGAAGAAGCAAGGGAAAAUGGAGUUCUUCAAAUAAUUAAGUGUUUUCUGAAAUCAAGUAUUCUGGCUGGCCUUGAGAAUAUCUGUAAAAUUGCCUGUCAAUGGGAGUUGUUGUUGUUGUUGUUGUCAUCUGUUUUUCUCAAAUGACAAUGGAGUGUGCCUCUGGGGGUGAAGUCAAACUGCUGUGUUAGCAGCACUGAAGGGACCUCCCCAGGACGCAAGCCUGGGAAGGGUGUAUGGAGGUCCUGGGCUGCCCAGAUGACAAGGCCUUCCCCUUAGCCUUACUGAUUGAUGUGGUCCAAAGGAAAGCAGAGCCAUAUGCUUGGCUCAAGCUUGGCUGCAGGAGUCGCCAGAAGGAGGUGUACAACGCACCACCCAACCACCCUAGGGACUCCACCCCGGAAUUGUGUAGGGUUUACUCCUUAGUUUUACCUUCUUCUGAAAGUAUACCACAGGGCAGUGAAGGUUUAGGAUCAGAGUUUUCCGUCUCCUAAAUGGGCUACCUUCCCAGGUUGACAAGCCCCAUCUGCCUCUAUGAGAGUACUUGCUAAAGAAAAGAUUGUGUGGUUAAUGUUAAGACUAAGGAUAGGUGAGUAUUUCAGUUUUGACUUCUCUCAGUUAAUCAUUUUUCCAGUGCUCAGUUCUCCACAUUUACACACCAGUUUGCCAGUUGUUUUUUAAGUCUCCCUGAAACUUCAGCAGCGUUUUAGUGUGGAUUUCUCUCCAUGUGUACAUUUUUGUAUGCCAUCUUGCCUAAUUCAAACAUUUUUGCCAUGCAUUUUUUUCCUAAUACAGUAUGGGGGCCUUUUUAUUGUUUCUUUCAACAACACAGGCAUUUUAAUGCACAUUUUACUUUAAGAUGUGCAUUUUUGUGUACAUUACUUGGCUGGAGAACCACACUGCAAGAGUUGGAGAAGUGAAAUUUUCAAAAGACGUCUGUGUUUGGGUUCGUGAAUUAGGAAUAUUCACCCUUAAAUGAAAAUUGAACUUAGUUUCUCCCUCAUCCCUAGUUAAGGCCAACAGUAGCUGAAGGGGAGAGGAAAGGCCAUCAUGAGUUCAUCUCUUAGCCAUCCUGGGAUCUAUCAAGGCAGGCAGUUUGCUCAGCACUCGUGCCAGUCAUGUGAAAGAAUGAUUUCCUGCGGUGCAGAGAAACUACAAGCCAAGCGAGCUAUUUGAAACUCAGCUGUUCCAAGCUGUUUUUAAAAGAAUUAUAAUUGACUUUGGGUUAGCAAUAAAAAGAGCCAGACUUCCUCUCCACCCCACCCUCGCCAUCUCACAGGACCAGUACUAUGAACUCUCCUGUGGGAAGGAUCCCAGGAGAGAAAUGCAGGUCAGCAAAGGACACAUCAGAGCCUGCUUCAGUUGGAUUACCCUCCUGUGGCAUUUUACAACCAACUGACCUGCAGGAAAUAUGCUGAUGGCUUGUUCUAUGUUGAUCUGAGUCACAUUUGCACGACACUCUAAGCCAAAUAAUUGCUCAGUGCAAAUGUGUGGGAUCCCAGAGAAGAGCUUGCGGCUGUUUCACUCCUCGUAGGAGGUAAAGAAGCUAUUGUUUUCUGCUUUGCCCUGUAUUUAUCGCAUGCAGAGCUGUUUCCAUUCUGCUGUAGUUCAUCUUCUACCCAAAACUAUGGUAUUCGACUUGCUGGCGGCUGUGGUAAAAGUAGAUAACUUCCAUAAAUUAAUUACUGAAGUUACAUUGUCAUUAUGUCAUUUCAAUGUUAAGAAAAAACAUGGAACGUAAUCAAUUACAUGUUCUCUGGGUUGAUUUCUGUUCUGGACAUGGGGCACAUAGGCAAACAGCAGAUUCUGCUCCAUUUCUGUUUUCUUUGGUAUUCUCUGACAUCCCUAACUCCUUCCUGGUUGUUUUGCUGCUGUGCCACACUGAGCUAAGCCAAAGUUUGACCUAGCUUGUCGCCCAAACCUAGACUUGUAGUCUAGCUCUCUUGGGCAAACCAUGAGCUGUAAGCAAGGCCCUAUGGUUUAUGGCUCAUGGUUUGUCCAGGAGAGCAAUAACAGGAACCCGGGCCUGGCUUAUAUGUCAAACCGUGGCUGAAGAGCCUUGGGACACAGGUGGACUUUCUCCCCCAUCCCUGCUUGAAUCACUCUAUGAUUCAGAAUAUAAACUUAGUGUAAAUGCGUUUCCAUUGAAAUUAUUGCAAAUUAUUUCGAAGCACUGCAUCUGUCUAGAAUAAGAAAUGAAAUAAUGCAGAACUAACCAAGCAGCUUUUAUUCCCUACCAAGCCACAUGCAACUUUGAAUAUAUUUAUUUAUUCAUUUCUUUUCCACUUCCUAGAGAUUUGCUUCCCUCCACGCUAAAGCUGCCACAAGCGAUAUUGGAAGCCAAUAGCGUCACAGAUCUAGAAACCAUCUCUAGUCUGGAGAUAGGUAAGUUGUGUUGGAGACCCCUGGCAACUUCUUACCCCAAACCCUAAAUGAUGGGUUCAUUAUUUGGAUGUACACCUAAGGCUUCUAGUCCUAUGCACAAUUCCAUCACAUGCCAGAAUUCUCUCUUGUUUCGCUGAACUCAGCAAGAGGUGGGAGUGUUUUGCAAAGCAUUCCUGCUUGUCAUCCCUGCUCAAGGGCCUUGUAUCUCCUCUUCUCCGCCCUUGGUGAGAGGGAGGAGUGCUUUGCAAGGUGGCAGAAGUGAUGGGGCAGGUAGGGUGCCACCUCUUGUACUUUCCUUGCCUAAGGCAGCUGUUUUGCCCUGCCUCCUCAGUGGGCUGUCUCUGUAGAAGCAUAAUGCCUCCAACCAGGGAGGCCAAUCAUAGUCAUCAUGGAUAGUAGCCACUGAUAGUCUUAUCCUCCAUGAAUUUGUCCAGUCCUCUUUUACAGCCAUUCAGGUUGGUGGCCAUGGGAGUCCCAUAGAUCCACUAUGGUGUGUGUGGGAAAAGUGCUUUCUUUUACCUGCCCAGAGUCUCCCUGCACUCAUCUUCAUUGCAUGCCCAUGCAUUCUAGUCUUUUGUUUUGAUCAAGAUUAGUGUGAUGUGGUUGAGCAUAAGAUAUCAGCUGGAAAUACUUGGUGCAAAUGUAAUCUGAGCCGCAUUUUUGCAGAUAGACUGGCCACAACAUCCUAUGAGACUGGCCUGGCCUACAAGAUUGUUGUCAGGGUAUUGAAGUAACAUCCAAAAUGACCUUUGAGCACUUGAAAUUAUUUCUAGGACACAUAGAAGAUAUACACUGUAUUGUGCUUCUUAGGCUAGUAAAAACCUAAUCAAUUCAGAGAGGAGGUGAUGGCAGGUAGCAAACCAGAGUUUUCUUUUCCAAAAGGAAAGAUUUCGUAAUCUACAAUGCUUAUUUCCACUUCCCCCAGAAUCAUGCCUGUCUUAGGAGGAGGAAUUCCCCGUUUCAUUCUGACACUUCUGAGAUAUAUGCACACAGCCCUAGGCACAAAUCAUACCUCUGCAACAGUAUUUGUUUAAUGCUACUUUAUAUGCAAAUACUCUUCUACGAUAAUUUCUGGGUCUCUACUUCAGGAUGGGAUUGAGACUUCUUUUGUUCGUCAGUUUGUGCCUAGACUUUGGUAGAGGGAACAAAGUCCAUCUUUUGUGGGGGCCCCCAAUAUAAAAUUACAGACUAUUAAAAAAAUGAACAAUUUAAUCCAGACCAGACAUAGGUAUUCAGCAGGGCAGGGAGGGAGAUUUGCUCAUCUGGAGAAGAGGGUACAGCUGUGUUUGGAUGGGGUUCCACUUCGGACAAUCUUAGCCAAAUGGCCACCUACACUAAUACAGACCUAUUAAGAUCUGCCUCUGAGACUCUGCUCAUAUUCUCAUGGCAUGGCAAGUUGAUUUGGCUUGCACAAGAGAUAGGGACUUUUCUGGCAUGGCCCCCGGAUUCUGGAACUCCCUCCUCACAGAAGUGUGUGUGGCCUCAACAUUGCCAGUGUUUAAAUGAAUCUUUUUAAAAAAAUAACAACUCUCUUUUGACUCACAUUCUCUUAAAGGUUCUCUCAGAAUUGGUUAUUUUAGUAUAGAUGGUUAUGCCCUUAGGGUGGCAAUUUAUACUGAUGUUUGUAAACGUUUUUAAAUGGCAUAGCUUUUAAAAAGAUUGUUAGCACCAUUGCCAUUUUAUGUUAGAAUUUAUAUACCUGCUGUUUUACAGUGUUGUGAGCCACUCUGGGUGGUGUAUGCAUAUAGAUGGAUUUAUAAAUAAAUAAAUAUCAACAAAUGAAAUUCAGAAUUAGUAAAAGGCAUAACACAGGUUGGUUUUGCUAUGUAAAUAAAACAACUCAUUAACAAAUAUAAUUUGCAUCACCUUCCUGAACAUCGCCACAACAAAAGUUGUCAGUGGUUUCAGUGUCCAUUGUACAGUAAAGGUAAAGGUAAAGGACCCCUGGAUGGUUAAGUCCAGUCAAAGGUGACAAUGGAGUUGUGGUGCUCAUCUCACUUUCAGGCUGAGGGAGCCAGUGUUUGUCUGCAGACAGCUUUCCGGGUCAUGUGGCCAGCAUGACUAAACUGCUUGUGGUGCAACGGUACACCGUGACGGAAGCCAGAGCGCACAGAAAUGCCAUUUACCUUCCCACCGCAGCGGUACCUAUCUAUCUACUUGCACUGCCGUGCUUUCGAACUGCUAGGUUGGCAGAAGCUGGGACAGAGCAAUGGGAGCUCACUCCAUUGUGGGGAUUCGAACCGCCAACCUUCUGAUCAGCAAGCCCAAGAGGCUCAGUGGUUUUAGACCACAGCGCCAACCCCAUAGUCGCCUUUGACUGGAAUUAACCAUCCAGGGGUCCUUUACCUUUAUUAUACUAUACAAGAUACAGGACUGAAUCUAGUAAGUAUUUUACAAAUCUCCCUUUUUAAAAUUUCCAUAUACAAGAAAUGGGAACCAUAUCCAAUACAUUUUCUCUGAAAAUAGAACGCAAAGUAGAGCAUGCAAUUUCCAUAUUUUGUCAAACCACAUUUUUCUCUAGCCUAAAUGUUCUAUCAAUUCAGUUAUAGUAUACUGAGGAAGACAAAAAACUUAUUCAAGGUGACAUCUAAAUGUUGCUUUUUCAUCACUCAAAGCAUAGUAUUUUGUACUUUGGAAAAAGUGGUGCUUUCCCUUCGAUAACACAGGGGUUACUGUUUUGCAAAAGGUAACGGUUGAUUAAUGGCUAUAUUUCUUUAGCUGGUACACAAACACUAUAUUAUGUGUGUGUGUGCACGCGUGUGUGUGCGUGUUUGCGUGCAUGUGGCUGUGGUUUUACAUGACAAACCCUCCAACUCUUGUGCACAGCAAAAUCUACCCUUUGAGCUCAUUCUUACCCCACUCUGAGUCAAACUACACACAACAUUAGACACAUGUCUAAGCAAGCAUGUUUAAUGUAGCUGCUUUUAUUGUACAGUAAGAUCUGGUUUGGACCUCUGACCUCAACCAUGUUCUCAGUCUGCACUGGGUUUUCUGCUUGAGGAAAAACUCCACCCUAUUCCUUGCUGCUAUUUGCCACCCCUACCCCCCGGUAAUGUUUGCAGUAAACAGCACUUUUGGCGAAGCAGCCAUUUUCAGGUAAUACUAUUGAUUGUAUAUGAGGAUUCUGCUUGGUUUGACCUUUCUAAAGGCAGCACUGUCUAUCCAAUACAGAAUAAUGCAUAUGUUCAAUAAACAUUAUGCAAUACAAUUCAGUUAAAGGACUUCAGUCUCUCUCCCCUGCACUUGAUUAUUUUCUUUUAAUUCUCAUGGUUUUUGGUUGGUUGGUUUUUGCAGGUUUCUGGGACUCCGCUUUAAAUCAAAGGCGGGGAGGGCCGUUCCCUCACUCUGUGAAAGGUCUUGCUUUUGCCACAGCUCAAGCGAAAAAGGAGGGGGAAACUACCCAGUGUUUUGCAAGCAGCACGGACAAUUGUUCAUGUGAAAUUGAGCUGUCAAUAGGAAAUGACAGGCUGUGGUUUGUAAAUCCUAUUUUUAUAGAGGAGAGAAGCAACCAGUUUCCCCCGGAUGUUCCUCUUCCUCCUCCUCCUCCUCCUUCUCUAGAGACUUGCAGGAAAGAUCCUUCUUUUACCGUGACAAGGCCUCCAAAGAGGUCUCCCAGCCGCCGCCCGCCACCACCACCGCCGCCACCUCCUCUGCCUCUUCAUGCUGUGAAGCAGCCUGAAAAGUCUCCCAUGACCACUUCUGAAGAGCUUCGGGAUCUGGAGAAAAACAAAAAGGAAAUGAAAACUGAAGUUAGCAAAAGCAAAGAAGAUGAUGGGCGGCCGUCUUUGUCUCUCAGCGAUUCUUUUACCACAAAGAAAUGCAUCCCGCCUUCCAUUCCGCCAAGGAGGUGCAUAUCCGAGAGAUAUUCUGGAAAGGGCUGCUUUGAAAAAUCUGAGAAAUGUCCAGCAGCAGGUGGAGAACUGGUGGGAAAACGGAGCAGUGGGAAUGAAGGUUGCAUUUCAUGUGCUGUUGAGCCUCCAGAGGUGUUUGAAGAGGUUUCAGAGAAAGAUCCAGCAUCAUGUCAAGGGGCGGAGCCCAACAGCGAGGCCAAGAACCAGCUGGUGGCUGAGCUGCAAAAGAAGCCCUCAGAGAAGUCGGCAGGGCCUCCUAUCCCACCCCCAAGAAAGAAAAGGAUCUCACGACAGGAGUCAUCCGCCAGCUCUUGCCAUUCAAAACCAGUAUGUGCUGAAGAGUCAGAAUUGCCGGUUCCAAAAGGAAAGGGAAAGCCAGUAAAAAAAAGUUGCUCCAAUGCAAAAAGGGAAUCAAAAUUUGCCCGUCAGCCUCUUAGCUUCUCAGAUCUUGAAAGUUCUCAUGACUCACUGGACAGCCCAGUAAGCAAUGUGGGGGCUCAGACACCAGCCUCUGAGCCAGACUCCUAUUCCACCAGCAGCACUGAGGAUGAGCUAGAGCUGGUGACCAGCCCGUCGGUGAAGAAGACCCGUUCCAUGAUAUUAGGCAGGGCCAAGAACCGCCUGUCCAUGGUCAGCCUGAGCAAUGUCUUCACUGCUUUCCUGUCCGCUGACCGAAAGCUCCAGAAGAAGAUUGUGGAGCUGGCCCAGGACAAAGACUCUUACUUUGGCCGCUUGGUGCAGGACUAUAAAGUAUACAGCCUGGAGAUGAUGGCGAGGCAGAACUCCAGCACUGAGAUGCUGCAAGAGAUCCGCUUAAUGAUGACCCAGCUGAAGAGCUACUUAGUACAAAGCAGGGAGAUAAAAACCUUUAUGGACCAGGCUGUUCACACGGAUGAGCAACUAGGUAAGAGCUUCCGUUUUCUAUUCUUCUUUUGAGUGUGUGGCUUCCUCAAGAGGCAAAUCAAGGUGAAAACAUGAUGCAUCAAAAUAACACAUUAUCAGGAGAACUGGCACAAUAAAAUAGUUGUAUUUGUCAGCCAUUGGCUGACAUACAGACAUCUAUGGUUAUUUACAGGGUUAUUUACUAUUUUUUCAUGUCUAUUACAUUUUUAAAAUGUAAUGGAGUCUAAAUGCAGAAACACCGCCACAGAGCAGGUUACCAAAGCACUGACAGAGCUCUCAGGCUUUUUAUUUAGUGUUUAUGUUUGUAACUCACCCUUCUUUCCUACAUUCAGACUGGAAUGCUUGAGGCUAUCCCGUUUUAUCACUUAUCCCCAGGCCAUAGAACAAGCUUCAGUGCUUAAAACACCAUCCAUUGCAUCACAACACUAGAAACUCUAUCCCAGCCUUCCUCCACCAGGUACCUUCCAGCUGCUUUGGACUAUAACUCCCAUCAUCCCCAGCUAGCACUGCCAUCCAAAAUAACUGGAGGGCACCUUCACCAUCACCUGCAACAUUUCUGUGCCGCACGUGUGUGAAGCUCCUUUCUACGUAUUCAGCAAAGAAAUCAAGCUGGUUGGUGGCAGAGUCAAGGAUUGUUCUAUCCCCUUUUGCUUCAGUCAGACUGAAUGGGCAAAGGCACCAGAGUGGACUUAUGCCACAUGCCAGAUGAAAUUUGGCCACGGGUGGGUUCUGGCCACAGGCUGAGGCUGGGGGCAUCCUUCUCUGAGAGAAGGAGAAACUUAAUUCACGGCCCUCAUAUAAGAGCUCUUCUGCAGGAUAGCUCAGUCAGUAAAGCGAGACUCUUAAUCUCAGGGUUAUGGAUUCGAGUCCCACUUUGGGCAAAAAGAUUCCUGCAUUGCAGGGGGUUGGACUAGAUGACCCUCGUGGUCCCUUCCAAGUAUAUGAUUCUAGGUGUAUUUCAUGUGUUUCAAUGCUUACUCCUGUGGUCCUGUUCUUCCAGCUAUCACAGAUACCCUGGCCAGAAUCCAACACAGAGUUGAGUGUGCUUGGAUUAUAGGCCCUGUAGAGGUGACAACAGGACAGGCGUGAUGCAAUUUGCUGUGCUUUUGCAAGUUUGAUGGAAAGGCGUUUCUUUGGGUGUUUUUGUUCACUUGCUGGAUGUUAAGCAAGAGUUGGGCAAUAGCCUCGGAAGGCCAUGAACAAGAGUGACCCGAACUAAAGAAUAUGCAGUUUCAUGCUGCUGGAUGUAAUCAGUUCCAGCAUUGCAGAGAUUUGCAUUCAGCAGAGCUUUAGAAGUCAAAACAGCCACCAUCUAGCCUUAUACGGAAAUGAAAUUUUUCAAAAAGUUGCUGCAACUUACAUCAAUCCUGGUAGGCCAUCUUUCUACACUUUCUCCUGGAUGUCCUCUCCCCUUUCCAGCUGAACACAGCAAAAUUAUGCCUGUCAUUUUAUUUAAACUCACAUUGAGAAAUUCCUUUUCUUUUAUCCUGAGCAUGCCAAAUUGGGAUUAUCUUCUGCCUCACUUUCCCCUUCACAUCCAGACCCAGUUCCACGGUGUGAUUUUUCUUCCCUAACAUUUCCAAAAUCCAUUCUCCCCUCAGCACCUAUUGCUAAAAAUCCUUUAUCCAUGCUGUGAACAUAUUUCAUCCAAAUAACAGAAAUUUACUCCUCAACAGCCUAGUUCCUUCUUCUCCUCUUCCUUCCCUUUUCCCAGCAGUUCACUUUGCUAGAUUCAUCUUUGCCUUUGGUCAUACAUUAUGGGUAAAACUUGUUGAAGACAUUCAUGGAUUUUUCCUGUUCCUGUUCCUGUUGUUGUUGUUUGCAUGCCAUAUUGGCUUCUAAGUGAUUUACAAGCAUAUCAAUUAUAAAAUUCUUACAUAAUUAAAAUACACAGUAAAACAAUUCCAUCAAAACAUUAAAAUAGCCAUAUUUAAAAUAUACAAUAAAACAAACCUGUCAAAAAGCAUAACAAUUACACAGUUUAAAAAGUAAUUAAAACAGUUGGAUCAAGAAGUUCAGGUGAAUGUUUGCCUAAACAGGUGUGUUUUCAAGGGUCAACGGAAUGACAAUAUGAAUGAGGCCUCUCGUUUUUCUGCAGGAAAAGCAUUCCACAACACUGGUGCCACCAGUGAAAAAGUCCGCUUCCAUGUUCCCAGUCUGGGGGCCAGAUUCCAUUUGGAUGCUGUUCAAAAUGGCAGCAGUUUGUUGGGUCAAAACCAAGAGACAUUAUUAUAAUUAUUUAAUUUAUUGCCUACCCUUCACCCUAAGGCCCCAGGGUGGGCUACAAUUGAAAAACAAUAAUAUAAAAACUUACACUUAAAAAAUAGCAGUUUCUGCUGUUAUGUUAGGCCUAGCCAGAGAUCUCUGUGAACUGGCUAGACUAGACCCCAAAACCAUAUUUGUUUGUUUUAUUUGUGAAAUAUGUAUGCUGCCUUUCCAGUAAAUGGUGCUCUAAGCAGCAAGUGUAUUGAGGCUUAUGAGGGUCAAGGCCAGAGCUUCCAAAUUUCCAGGGCAAAAGGAUGGUCAUAUUCUUAAGUAAGGAAGCAUUUUAGACAACAACAAUAGUUACAAUGUGCUAAUUUUAUUUUAACACAGUUUCUAGGCUCCAGAGAUUGCCAUCACCAAAACUAAAUCUCUCAAAUUUGACUAUAAAUUCCAGAAGGAAUUUUCAUUAAUAUGCACAGGGGCAGGGGAAAAGGGAUUAAGAACUACUAAGGUUAAAUAUUUUUGUCAAUAUUUUCAUACCUUUUGGUAGUAUGACUGGACAGGUAGAAAAAAAUACAUACUGAGGGUAAGUUGCAUGAAUGUCUAUCCAGGCUGGCUUUAAGACGCUGAUUUCUCACAUAUUCCUUUUCUAUCUUAUGUUUCCUCACUCCACUUCCCAACUCCAGAGGUGAUUGUCGAGUCAGCUUUGCACAAGUGCGUCUUGAAGCCUUUAAAAGACGCCAUCAAUACCUAUCUUAGGGAAAUCCACAGCAAAGAUGGAUCCUUCAAGCUCCUGAAAGAAAACCAGCAAGUCAUACAAAACACAACGACCACUGACUUGGGAGUCACCACCAGUGUGCCUGAAUCCACAUUGCUGGAGAAAAUCCUGCACAAAUUCACAACCAUGCACAAGGCCUACUCUCCAGAGAAAAAGAUUAGCAUCCUACUGAAGUCCUGCAAACUCAUCUACGACUCUAUGACUCAGGGAAACCAAGGUACUGUACAACCAUCCUAAAACUUCUCUUUCUAUAGAUAUGUAUCACAGUAUGACAACUAGUUCUGAACUGUAUUGCUAAGCAUGUCAUAGCUUGUCUGAAGCCACUGCUAAAGCUUCUGGCGGUGUUUGUUAAUGGAGACCAAAGCACAAAAGAGAUAUUUGGAGAGGCCCAGGAAAUAGUUUCAUUCAGCACAGCAGGGGCAGUUACAGGAAUUAGGGUGGUGGUAGCAGCACCUUCAGAAGCAAGCAAUGAAAGCAUUCAAGAAUAUUGCGUGUCAAAACAUGUUGGGACCCCAGUUGUGUUGGAUUAAGCUGGCCUUCCCCAACCUGGUGCCCUCCAGGUGUUUUGAACUACAACUCCCAUCAUCCCCAUCCAGCAAUGCCAAUGGCUGGGGGUGAUGCGAUUUUUACUCCAAAACAGGGGGAGGACACCAGGCUGGGGGAAGGGUGAAUUAAGUGUUUUCCUGUGGUGCUAUUCUCUUCUCUGUGGCUGUUAUUGGUGACUGUAUUUCUAUGGAAAGAGAGACCUUGUGCUCCCUGUUUUGAGCUUUUUUAAAAAAUCACAGCAGCCCAGGUAGGGCAGGGAAUAUCUUUCUUUUAGCAAAGGAAUGUAGUAAUACUGACAAAAGACUGGAAUACAAUAAGACCGGGAAGAAUAGGCCUAGCACAGGAAAUGCAACUGUGAAAUUAAGGAGAUAGGCAGCUAUGUCUCUAUGCGUGUUUUUUGUGUACAUAUUCAACUGAAGACAUUGGGAGCCCAGAGAUGAUGAUGAUGUCCUCUCCAAGUUGCUCAGUCUGUUUACAUGGUUCUCCUUCCCCCUGUUUUAUCCUUGCAGCAGUCCUGUGAUGUAGGUUAGACUGAGUAAUGAUGUCUGGCCUAAUGCAUACCCUCCAACACUUUGAAGCCCAAAUCCAGGACAACAUCUUCCCAGAUACCGAUGUUGAGGUCCGUUAAUCGGGCCCAAGCUGCCUUGGUCACUGAAAGGCCAAUAAAUGCCAUAGACAGAAGAGAUUCCCAUAACCACUUGUUUAUUCCGCUGAGUAAAACAGAGCGGGCAAGCCACACUCACCAGUGUGAUGGUGAAGCCGCCACAAAUAGCCUUUGUUCAUACUUUUUAUAGGCAUCCCCUCUCCCUUGCCCCCUUUUGAGGUUCCUUGCGCUGAUCGAAAUAGGACACCCUGCCUGGAGACCUUGAAGGGGAGAGCUGCCUGGCAGAGGGAGGUUUUCCUGAAAAUCGCCUAGCAACGUUAUCUGGUCUUCACAUAUUUGUGGCUCACCCUCCUAAAUUCAAAAGCAGGCAGUUUUUUUACAGAAGCAAAAUGGCAUCAGUUAGGCUAACCCAGGCAUAGGCAAACUCGGCCCUCCAGACGUUUUGGGACUACAAUUCCCAUCAUCCCUAUCUAACAGGGCCAGUGGUCAGGGAUGAUGGGAGUUGUAGUCCCAAAACAUCUGGAGGGCCGAGUUUGCCUAUGCCUGAGCUAACCAAAAAACAGUACGAGAACAUGCCUUUGUGGCUUUUCCUGAGACCCCACACCAUCUUCCCAUUUUUUAUCACAAGAACACAGUGGCUAUUUGGGUUGCCAUGAUCUCAUGCAAUUUUGUGCCAUAGCUUCCCCAUCACCAAAAAAAGUGUUUUAUUUUUAGGCACACCCAAAACACCCAAUGCCUCUUUUGGGGUGCCACACAAGAUUGUGGCCCCAGAAAAUGCAUUUUCCCAAGGGAAAUCGUGCAAGAUCAUGGCAGCCAAAAUGGCUGCCGUUCUCUCAUGAUAAAAAACCGGGAUGUCCCAGUUUUUCCAGGACACUUGCAAAGUAUGCUAAGGAUGCAGUGAGGUUCAUGGCUGAGUGGGGAUUUGAGCUCUACAUGUCUGCUCAGAGUUCAAUGAUACUUACACCUAGGUAAGUGUUUGUAUAGGAUUGCAGCCUGAAUUUCUGUAGGACUAGUGCACUCCCUGGAUAGGGUGAUGUCCGAAUGAUUUGCUUAAAGACGCUUGUAAAGUGUUUCGAGAUCCAUGAAUAGGAGUGGUGUGUUGUUUAGUCAUUUAGUUGUGUCCGACUCUUCGUGACCCCAUGGACCAGUGCACGCCAGGCACUCCUGUCUUCCACUGCCUCCCGCAGUUUGGUCAAACUCAUGCUGGUAGCUUCGAGAACACUGUCCAACCAUCUUGUCCUCUGUCAUCCCCUUCUCCUUGUGCCCUCAGUCUUUCCCAACAUCAGGGUCUUUUCCAGGGAGUCUUCUCUUCUCAUGAGGUGGCCAAAGUACUGGAGCCUCAGCUUCAGGAUCUGUCCUUCCAGUGAGCACUCAGGGCUGACUUUCUUCAGAAUGGAUAGGUUUGAUCUUCCUGCAGUCCAUGGGACUCUCAAGAGUCUCCUCCUCCACAAAUGAUUGAUUGAUGGAUGGAUUGCCUCAUUGUGCCAUGGAACCAAGGGAGAAGCAAACCCAUGGGCAGAGCCUUCAUUCCUUUAUGAAGGUCUGGGCAGGGUUCCAAUUCCUUUUAACUCUGCAUUCAAUUAUUUAAUACCAGUUUUCGUCCAAGCGCUGGAGCCCAACCAGAGGCUGAUGCUGCAGAUAGUUUCCCUAGACUGUAAUAGCAUGGGGGCUUGUAGCACUGGAGAGGGCUUAUUUUUAAGCCUCUUAUAGAUAUUUAUGAAACAAAUGUUUCAUGUCAUUGAAAAAUAGAAAUAAAUGGGGGAGGCAAGCUGGAUUUAGAAUAAGGCAAUUCUACCUUGAACAAGUGAGACCGUUUCCAAUGUCAUUGAAGCAGGCGUUGAAGGACCUCUGGCUGUUUCUGAGCUCUGUGAUGUGAGCCACGGGAUGAAUGUAAAGGAGACAAUUGAGUUUGCACAGAAUUUCUCUCUUUCUCUCUUUCUUCCCUCCCUCCCUCACUCCAUAAAAACAGAAAAUAUUGAAAUUUUGCAUGCAUUCCAAGCAUUUUCAGUAUAAAAUGUUGGUUUAUAAACAUUUGGUAGGUUUUUCAAAAGAACUGGAGGAAUAGAAUCAUAGAGUUAAAAGGGAUCUUGGAGGCCAUCUGUUAUAAUCAAGGCUAGAUGCACAGUCCAGGCUGCAACUACAGCAUCCCUGACAGAUGUCCAACUUCUGCUUUAAGUGCCUCCAGCAAAGGACAGCUGAAGACAUCCUUAUCUGCUUUUGAGAAGCACUUAGUGUUAGGAAGUUUCUCCUGGUGCUCAAGGUGAACUCUGCUUCCCUGCAACUUUUGCCCUGUGGUUCCAGUUCUUCCUCUGGAGGACAAAUUUUCAGAGGAAAAUGCCAGUCGCUGGGAGCCGCAGGAAGGGAGAAUGCUCGCACACUCAGAUCUUGCUUGCAGGCCUGCCAGAGGCCACUGUGAGGACAAGAUGCUGGGCUUGAUGGGUCUUUAGCCUCUGGUCUUAUGAUGCUGGACACAACAUUUUUACAACACAUCACUAAAAUGAACCCAUGAUUGAUCCACCAGUACAGACAACUCCCCAUUUAUGCAGGGGCUACAUUCCGAGGCACCAUAUGUUUAAGUGAAAAUGUGUAUAUUUGAAACGCCAUUGAAAAAGCCUGCAGACACCUGUUACACCCCUGCCCCCAACACUUUUUGUGACAUUUUCAGGUCAUUUCCAGGUUCGGCGAGAUGUGUGUGUGCACAGUUGCGCACAUAUCGGAUGCACCUAAAACAGUCGCUGCCUGUACUAAAUAUUUGCACAAGUAAUAAAUACAUUGACAUCUUCCUCUCUUACUCUUACUGUUUCCUGAACCUCCCAGAGAUGGGAAUGACUUGCCAAGCUCACAAAUGGAACCGAACCCACAUUCUCAAAGCCCAGCUCACAUUUUGGACCAUUAUAGCAGGGGUUCCCAAAUGGUGGCCGGUGGUGUUUCUGUGAAUUCGUGGUUGAAAACAGGAAACGGCACGUCCAUUGCAUUCAGUAUUCAUACUGAUGAUUUGUAACCUGCAUUUUAAUGGCCUCUCUUAUUUUUAGCAUUGUAUUCUGUUGUAUUGCAGUCUGAAUUUUGUGGAGCACUACAAAAUACAAUGCAAAAGAAAUAAAAGAAGCAAUACAAAUACAAUUAGAAAUCAUAAUGCAUCUUGCACAGUGCAUUACCGUUGCUACAGCAGGGUGCAGGGAGCUAAGUGGUCCAUCAAGACCCUUAGCAAUUUUCAAGCGGUCUGGCAGAGGCAGGGGUGAGUUUGGGAAUCACUGUAUUAUAGAUAUUGGAUGCCACUUAACUAGCCUGCUUACUGAGUGUCCUGCAUAGGGCUCCAUUUUUUCAUGCUCACCCACAUUGUUACUUUGUAAGGAUCGUAUUUAGCAUGCUGGGCCUUUAUGGGUUUCACCCAUGAAGCCACUGUGGUUUUCGCCAAGCUAGGAACUGCUUCAUGCAGUUCCACUGCCAAGGGAUGGAUAAAGUCUUGCUUUUGUUGUUUGGUCAUUUGCCUCUUCCAUUUCCGUAGCAGAAGAGGAUAUUUCUUUUUGCAGUUUUCAUACGCGAGGCUUAAAUUGCCUCUGAAGCUGUCUUUCACUAUUUAUGCUAAUUUCUGAUCAUAGCCAAUGCGGAUGUGGAAAAGAGAACGAGAGUUAGUUAUAAUGUAAAUGGGAUUUCCCCCCCGCAUUCAUUUUACAGGCACAUUACCAAAACAACAAAGCCACACCCCCACCCCCACCCUGUUGAACUCAGGUGUAAAAAUGCUUGUAGAAUGCCAGGUGCUGAUGAAGAUGUCAAUCAUGGUGGGAGGCAAAAGCAUUCAGUCCUUCGGAUUACGUAUUCCUCAUGUUUACUGGAGCAGAUACUAAAUCUGGAGUGCAUUGUGGGGCAGAAGAAUGAUGGGCCUGGCUUUUAAGGCUUCUGGGUUCUCUCUCAUAGGGAGGCCAACAACUGCAGAAAAGGGAGAGGUUUCAGAGAGGCAUGUGCUGUGUACACCAUUUAGGAACAGAUUACCGUAUUUUUUGCUCUAUAAGAUUCACUUUUUCCCUCCUAAAAAGUAAGGGGAAAUGUGUGUGUGUCUUAUGGAGUGAAUGCAGGCUGCGCAGCUAUCACAGAAGCCAGAACAGCAAGAGGGAUUGCUGCUUUCACUGCGCAGCGAUCCCUCUUGCUGUUCUGGCUUCUGAGAUUCAGAAUAUUUUUUUUCUUGUUUUCCUCCUCCAAAAACUAGGUGCGUCUUGUGGUCUGGUGUGUCUUAUAGAGCGAAAAAUACAGUAAGCAGACUUUUGCCGAGUCCACCUAGUUCAGCAUUGUCUACCCAGACUGUCAGCAGCUAUCCAUGGUCCUGCAGCAGAGGUCCUUCACAUCACCUGCAACCUGUCCAUUUAAUUGGAGAUGCUUCACAGGAGAUGCUUCACAGCAGUUUCCAUAUGAAACACAAAUGGCUUUGGCCUGGUCUGCACACAUUGCAACAAAAAUGAGGAGGCAGUUGGAUGGGCAGUACUAUCUGAGACUGUAGUUGAGGGGUGUCACAAUUUUAAUGCUCCUCUUCCUUUAAAGUUCCCUGCAAACACAACAUAGUAGCAAAGGUAUGGGAUGUUUUAUUUCUCUCUGUUGUGCUGGUAUUCUAUUUGCAGGGAUAUUUUUUGGAGGAGUUUUCAGAACUGUGAACUCCCACCUCUGGUCUGAAAUAGGGAUGUUGGAAAUGGAAGCAGAAAUUGUCAGUGUUUGCUUAUUCAUCCCAUGUCUGGAAUGGAAAUCAGCCCUGCAAAUAUGGAUGCUAUUUGCUGUUAAUUGUUUAAAGCCUGCAAACAAUGCAUAAUUGGUUACUCACAGCAACCCCCGCUCCCUACACAUACGAUAUGCAUUGCAUUUCCUUUGCCUUGAAAUGAAUGGUGUGCAACAGUGUAAUUAAUUGUGUGGACAGAGAGAUAGAUAAUGUAUUUCUUGUCAGAAGCCAAAGUGCAGUGGAAUGGAAACACUUCUGAGUAUUGGAGCAGAAAUUGACGCCUUCUUACACACCUAGUCUGAACUGAUACCAGCUCAUCCCCCUCUUCAUAUGUUGACCAUCCUUUAUCUGCACAUUCAUUGAUCACAUGUCAUUAUACAGUGGUAACUUGGGUUACAUAUGCUUCAGGUUACAUACGCUUCAGGUUACAGACUCCGCUAACCCAGAAAUAGUACCUCGGGUUAAGAACUUUGCUUUAGGAUGAGAAAAGAAAUCGUGCUCCGGCGGCGCGGCAGCAGCAGGAAGCCCCAUUAGCUAAAGUGGUGCUUCAGGUUAAGAACAGUUUCAGGUUAAGAACGGACCUCCAGAACGAAUUAAGUUCUUAACCUGAGGUACCACUGUAGAUAUAUUUCAGUUCCAAACUUUAUGCCAGGAAAACAGCUGCAGAUAAGUUCUCAUAUAGUCACUGAAGAGAGAUUUAAAUUAUUGGAGACACUUAAACUGAAACUACAUUGUGGCUCUUCCCUCAUCUUCUUCUUCUUCCUCCUCCUCCUCCAUGGCUAAAUUCAGAAUACAGUACCCUAUAUGUACCUUUUGACUUAUUUAGGCAUCUUGAGUUAUUGGAAUCAUAGAAUUGUAGAGUUGGAAGGGACACAAAGGGUCAUCUGUUCUGACCCCCUGCAGUGCCUGACUAGUUGAUUAAUUAGUUGAUUAUUUCCAGUUCUCGUAGCAAUGCAUAUAUUAUAACUGUUAUCGCCUACCAGCCUUUAUAAUACAUGCAGGGAAGGGACAAGGGUGAAAUUGCAAAAAUUGCAAAGUGAUAAUUUGGAGAAAUGUUACCUGUGCUUAUUACCAGCUCAGCGAGGGAACACAGCUUAGUAACAACAGCCAUAUAAUGUCAAGCAAAGGUUAGAUUUCUUGGGGCAAAACCCACAAAGAUGUCUACUCAUUAAAAUGAGGAAGAGCAUGGAAAAGCAUUGCAAUGGAAAGAGUUACUCUUGACUGAUGUAGAAGGCCUGCUAUACACAUAUAUCAGAAUAAUACAGAGAAAUUCUGGGGUGGCAGAUAGGGGACAGUACUGUUUCAGACUGCGGGUGAGUUAUUAUGCGUGCUCCAUAGACAUUUACCUAUUUAACUAUAGUGGCUUUCCGCUUUGACAUUCUUAAGCACAUCUGUUUGGUCAUUGUGAGAACAGAAUGUUGGACUAGAUGGACUACUGGCCUGAUCACCAGGCUGCUCUUACGUUCUCUUGUUCAGGUUCCACUAAACAAAGGAAAUUUUCUUCUUCUUUUUUGUAUUUUUAUUUCUUUCUUUAUUUAUACAACAAGAAAAAAACACACACAAAAAAACACAAAUACCAAAUUACACACAAAUUACAAAAAUAACCAUAGACACAUAAUUUUCUUGGCAAACAAUAAAACAUCUAUUGGUCUUAACACUAAAGACCCAACUUCCCGUCUAUUCCAUAUUUCAAAUUCAUAUUACGUAUUGCCAAUACACUUUUUUUUCAUAAUUAAACUUAUUCUCAAUAAAUCUAAUUUCUUCUAUCUACCUAGCAACUAUCACUGAAGUUCCUCGAAUGCUGCAACAGAAUUUAAACUACUAUAUUUAUUUUUCAGAUAUUCUUUGAAAACCUCCCAUUUAGAAACAAAUUCCUGUUUUGAUUUAUUCUUUAUUUUUUCUGAUAAACCAUCUAAUUCGGCAUAUUCUGUCAGCUUUUGGAUCCAAUCUUGUAUAGAGGGGAUUUCAUUACUCUUCCAUUUUGCUGCAGCGAUCAAAACUCUUGCUGCCGCCGUUGCAUAUAAAAAGAUACCUGUCAGGGAACUGACAUCGGAGCUAGAGGCGGAGGGAAGGCUCUCAAAUGAUGCUGGAGAAGGGCCCAGCAGGGAGAGAGGCAGCUCAGUAGAUGGGGAAGCAAAUCAGCGCAACACCAGGGAUAAAGGGGGGCAGAUGGGGGAAUCGGCGAGAGGGCUCCAGGACUCUUCACCGGACACCAGCGGGGAGAGCACGGGUCCUCCGCUACCCACGCCCUCCCUGCGCAGAAGACUUCCGCGCAGGGAGAGUAGGAGGAGACUUGGCGUCAAACAACUUUUAUGUUGGAAAAGGUUUAAGAAACGCCCACUGACAGAUUCUGCUAGCGACUGAGGCAGCCACGAAGUGAAGGGCUGUCCAGACAGAAAGGUUUAACAAGGCGACAUAGCCAGGAGAGGCGGCAACUUAUGCACGAGCAACCCAUACUCAUUACAAUACCCUUCCUCUUUUGUGGAAUAUCCAAAUCUGUUAUUCCCAGGAGGUAGGCCUCUGGUUUUUUAUUGAAAGAGAUCUUUAGCAUUUUUUGCAGUUCUGCAUGUAUACUCUCCCAGAAUACCUGUAUUUUCCUACAUAUCCACCACAUAUGGUAGAAUGUUCCUGAGUCUCUGCAUCUCCAGCAAUUACUUGACACAUUUUUAUACAUUUUUGAAAGUUUCCAUGGAGUUAUAUACCAUCGAUGUUGCAUUUUUUGAAAGUUCUCUCUAAUUGUGUAACAGUUUGUGAAUUUCAAAUUGAUCUUCCAUAAAUUUUCCCAUUGGGCCAUGGUUAUUGGAUGGCCAAAAUCCUGGGACCACCUCACCAUUGCCACUGUUACCUCCUCCUCCUUGACUGUCCAGUCAAGGAGGAGUCGGUAAGUUUUGGAAAGAGGUUUUCUUUUAGAGUUUACAAGAUCAGAUUCGAAUCGGGAAAUUUCUGCUGAGAACCCCUUUUGUUUGUCAGAUUUAAAUUUUUCAAAUAACUGAUGGUAUUGGAACCAGUCUGAAAUGUGUUCUCUUAUCUUCUCAAAGUUUUUUAAUUUUAUUUGGUUAUCCUCAUUUUUUAGAAGUAUUUUAUAUGUUGGCCAACUUUCCUGAGUAUUUUUCCGUUUUACUGCUAUGGCUUCUACUGGAGAAGUCCACCACGGAACUUUAGGCUCCAUCAGGUCUUUAUAUUUUUCCCAUACAGCAAAGAGUGUAAAAAUUUUACAGACGCAAUUCUCCAUGAUAAUAAAUGAAGAGAUAGAAUGGAAGAUAAAAUGGUUGAGACAUAGAAAUUUUGAGUUUGCAAAUAAACCAGGCAAACUUCUGGCCUGGCAAUUAAAGAAGAAAAAGGAAGAUAGAAUUAUCAAUAAAAUUAAAAUUGAAGACAAAUGGAUUCAAGAAACGAAGGAAAUUAGUAAAAACUUUGCUAGUUUUUUCGGAAAACUAUAUAAAGAAGGUCCAGAGACUCUAGAAAAAUAAUUGAUUAUUUCGGCAAAAAUAAACUACCAAUAAUACCUAAGGAAAAACUGAAAUCUUGAACUCACCAAUAACAGCUAUGGAGGUGCAACAAGCUAUACAGAGAUCAAAAUUAGGAAAGACACCGGGCCCAGAUGGUCUUCCAGCUAAUUACUAUAAAAAGUUAGAACAAGCAUUAUUUCUUCCCAUGAAAGACCUAAUGAAUAAUAUUCUGGCAAAUGGAAAGCUUCUGAAAACCUGGAAGGACAGCUUUAUUAUUCUUAUCCAUAAACAGGGAACAGAUGCCUCAAACAUGGCCAAUUACAGACCCAUUGCACUGCUAAAUAACGAUUACAAGAUAUUCACAGACAUUCUUGCAAAUAGAUUAAAAAUAGUGCUGAACGAGAUAAUUCAUAAAGAUCAAACCAGAUUUCUUCCCGGACGAUUUAUGAAAUCCAAUAUUAGAUGUGUGAUUGAUGUAUUAGAAUAUUUGGAUAUUAAAAUUGAUAAACCAGCAGCUAUUAUGUUGGUGGACGCUGAAAAAGCUUUUGAUAACGUGUCCUGGAAGUUUAUGAAAAAAUUAAUGGAAGAAAUCAGACUGGGAGAAAAUAUUUGUAAAGGAAUAAAUGCCAUCUAUUCGGAACAAUAUGCAAAAUUGAUCAUCAACGGAAGAAUUACUGAGGAGUGCAAAAUAAACACGGGAACAAGACAGGGCUGCCCACUGUCACCACUGAUAUUUAUCUUGGUGAUGGAAGUCUUGAACAAUCAGAUAAGAAAGGAUGAGCUUGUUAAAGGCAUCACUCUGGGAAACAAAACAUAUAAAAUUAAAGUUUUUGCGGACGAUUUACUUGUUAUGACUGAAAACCCUAAAGAAAGUCUGAAAAGAGUGCUGGAAUUGAUUAAAGAAUUUGGAGAUGUGGCAGGCUUUAAACUGAAUAUAACAAAAACAAAAAUGCUUGUUAAAAAUGUAGCCACAGAAGAAAAGGACGACUUAGAAAAAAUAUUGGGCCUGAAAAUCUCUUCAAAAGCGAAAUACUUGGGUAUUUGGAUCACCCCCAAGAACAUAAACUUAUUUCAGGAUAAUUACACCAAAACUUGGUUAGAGAUUAGAAAAAACUUGGUAAUCUGGAGUAAACUAAAAUUAACAUUUCUGGGUAGGAUUUCCAUUAUAAAGAUGAAUGUGCUUCCAAAAUUAAUCUUUUUAUUUCAAAUGAUUCCGAUACUGGGUGAAGCAGGUUGUCUCAAGAUAUGGCAAAGAGAAAUUUCCAAAUUCUUGUGGGAAGGGAAGAAACCCAGGAUUAAACACCUGAUCUUAAUAGGCAUAAAAGAGAGGAGGCUUUUCCCUACCCGAUCUAAAACUUUACUACGAGGCUGCCUGUUUCACCUGGCUAAAAGAUUGGUGCACGUUGCAGGAUCUGGACCUCCUGGACCUGGAAGGUUUUGACAACCGUUGAGGAUGGCAUGCCUACCUAAUAUAUGAAAAAGCGAAAAUUCAUAAAAAUUUUACCAACCAUAUAAAAACAAAGGAAAUUUUCUUAAUCUGUGGUGAUUAUGUGUUUAGAGAAUCAAGUAAAGAUGUAUAUAUAUAAUCCAAAAAGGUAUAACCGUAGCGCAUACCGGCUUGGUCUGCUGUCUAGGUGCUGACUGUUGAUGGGCAAUUUCAGGACCCUCCCUGCUCUCCUUGCUUUAUAUUUAACCUGGACAGCCCUGUGAAUAGAGAACUGUUCUCAGUGAAGUAGAAGAAGAAGAGUUUGGAUUUGAUAUCCUGCUUUAUCACUGCCCUAAGGAGUCUCAAAGCGGCUAACAAUCUCCUUUUCCCUUCCUCCCCCACAACAAACACUCAGUGAGGUGAGUGAGGCUGAGAGACUUCAGAGAAGGGUGACUAGCCAAGGUCACCCAGCAGCUGCAUGUGGAGGAGCGGGGAAGCAAACCCGGUUCACCAGAUUACGAGUCCACCGCUCUUAACCACUACACCACAUUUAUUAUUAUGAUUAUUAUUUCUUCCAUUUAUACACUGCCUUUCAUCGAUCAAGAACACAGGACAGUUCACAACAAUAAAAGCAAUAACACAACCAGCACAAGCAUUUUUAAAAUGAAAGCUUUAAAGCAUGGCAAUACAACAGCAAACAGAUCAAUACAAGUGACCCCGCACAAAAUGUCAGAGCAUCCUAUAAGCCUGGCUGAAUAAAUGGCCACUCUAAGCCAGAUCUGAAGGAAUGCGUUGGCCAUAUUAACUGCUGAUCCUGCCCUUUCAUCAAUGCCUACUUCUUGCAGCUAAAUUCGGCCCUCCAUCCACACCCACCUGAGACUUCCUCAGUACCAGAAACUGCAAUACUGUACAAAGGAAACAUUUUGCCAAAACACCCACUGAACAAUGAAGCCUUUUUAAAUGUUUGACAACCUGGCUGUGUAUUUUUUGCACAGCAGGAAACAUGACUCUCAUAACGUACAGAGCCCAGCUAAUAACAGCAUAAGAUUUUGUUUAUAAAGAGAGUCUUAGCACUCGAGCGUUCCACCACUUUGUUUUAACUGAACUGGCUUUCCCUUUCUACACAUAUUCUCUGGUUUACUUAAAGUUUAUUUAUUUUUUGAUGAGGGAACAGAAGAAUAUUUAUAUAAGGCUCCAGCUGAGUAUAACCGUCAGCUUCAAAUAAAACCCCUAUUGACUUUGCCUGACAUAUAAGGAAAUGUGUUUCAUAGGAAAUACUUGUAUCAAGCCAAUGGCCACAAACUCAUGCACAGCUAAGCAUGUUUAAGCUUAUUGAUUUGAAUAGACUAAAGUGCGCUUAAACAUGGGGUGGAAUGUGGCCAGUGAGAAUAAAGGGAAGCCUAUCUUCUAUCACGGCAGCAAAUUCACGGUGGCAAUAAUUUUAAAGGACCUUCAACAUUUGGUCUUUUAGAGAUGGAUGACUGUAAUAGUAGUGCAUGGAAGAAAAUGACUGUGCACCCUGCAAACAGAAAUUGAAGGUUGCUUUUGAUGUUAUUUUUCUUAAUACAUAACUCUCAAAACGUUUCUAAGGAAAUAACACACACUUUUGGAAUGUGCAAAGGUGUGGAUGAAAAACUGUCCCAUACACACUGAGAUUCCUAAAGCAUAUCCACCAUUCGUGUGUCUCAGAUUUGCAUCUGACCAUUCACACAUUACAAACAAUAGAUUCAGACUAUCCCUUUCUCCUUUCUUGCACUGCCUUACACAGCUGCUUCUGGGCAAUUGAAGGGGUCAGUUGCAUGACAGCGUUUUCCAGACCAUGCUUUUUUCUUUUUCUUUUUAGCAAGCACUGACUGUAGAAAUCCCCUGUACAUCAGACUUUUUCAUAUAAGGUGGAGGCUCAUUGCAGGCAGGCUGAGGAUGGUGUGGCUAUUUGCUCCAUUGGACCAGCCAGCACAGGAUUUGGUUGGAAACAGGAUGGUGGGCUAGAUGGCCUUUGGCCUCAUCCAACAGGGCUUCCCUCAUGCUCUUAAAUUCAUUCCAAAAUACGAUUUUCCAAAAUACGGUUCUUUCUCGCAGUAAUGAAGCCACUGGGAGAGUAUGAAAACCUGUACUGCUGGCAAAUUCAUUUGCACAUUUACAUCUUCAUCAGCCCUGUUUCCUAAUCUGUGAUUUGGCAGCUAUGAAGCACAGCUGCUCUACAAAAUCUGUGAGAAGGACUGAUUUGCACAUUAACCUAGGCUAACGCAGGUUGUGCAUGGUGGGGGCCAACUGUUGGGCCUUUGCCUUCUCUUCUCUUCUCUUCUCUUCUCUUCUCUUCUCUUCUAUUCUCUUCUCUUCUCUUCUCUUACUGCAUGUCGGUUUUGAAUGUUGAAAUCAGCUCUCAGCCUGCUCAGUUGUGUUAUCUGAAUAGGCCUCUUCUUGUUUCAGGGAAGCUUUACGGGGCAGAUGACUUCCUCCCGGUGCUCAUGUACGUACUCGCCCGCAGCGACCUGCCAGAGGUGCUUCUGAAUGUGGAGUACAUGAUGGAACUCAUGGACCCUGCACUGCAGCUGGGUGAAGGUAUGAAAGACCUCCUUUGUGGCAGAGGGAGGAGAGAGGGUGGAGGUUCGCAUGGGCACACCACUGGCAGAAAUGAGUACAAGCUGCCCAGCAACCAUAAUUGUAAAUGUUUAUCCCAACUUUACAUCUGCUCUUCAGCUAUUGGCCAAUGGCAGGGCCGUCACCAGAGGACAUUUGCCAAGGCCACCAUCCUAACAUUGGUAGCGUUUCUACUUUGUACAGAGUAUGCAGAAGGGUCAAAUGCAGCCUAAGAGACUUAUUAUGAUUAUCAAUUAAAUUUGUAUACCAUCCUUCAUUCGUAGAUCUCAGGAUGGUUCACAACAUAAAAUUACAAUAUAAAAAGCACAAAGUAGAUAAUAAAAAUAAGAACAACAGCAAACCAAUAAUCCCUCCUCCCACAACACAUUUAAAAGGGCAUUGGAUUUCAGUCAGCCAAAGGCCUGGUUGAAGAGGAACAUUUUCUCCUGGUGCCUAAAGCUGCUUGAUGAAGGCACCAGGUGAGCCUUCCUGGGGAGACCAUUGGACAAGCAGGGAGCCACUGCAGAAAAGACCCUUCUCAUGUUGGCACCCUCCGGAGUUCUUGUGGAGGAGGCACACAAAGAAGGAUGAUCUCUUUUUUUUUUUAAGAAUAAUUUUUUAUUAACCGACCAAUCACAUCAAAUCAAACCAAAUUACAUAAAUUCCAAAUUACAGAGCCGAAUUUUAAAUUUUUGUUGGGGGUACCCAUAUUUCAAGUUCCGAAGGGAUCCAAUCAACUUCUUGCUUCUUACUGCUGUUUUAAUGUCCACAAAUCUAACCUUAUGAUGUUCACAGUACUAUCCAGUCCUUUCUUAUUAUUUUUCCACAUCAGAGGAUGAUCUCAUGGUCCAGGUCUGUUCAUAUGAGCAGUGGUGGUCCUUGAGGUAUUGCAGUCCUGAGCUGUUUAAAGCUUUAUAGGUCAAAACCAGCACUUUGAAUUGGACCCAGAAACUAAUUGGCAGCCAGUGCAUUCAGGCCAGGAUUGGCGACAUGUGCUAAAACUGUCUUGUCCCAGUGAGCAACCUGGCCACUGAAUUCUGCACUAGCUGAAGUUUCCGAACUAUCUUCAGAGGCAGCCCUACGUAUAACGCAUUGUAGACUACUUCUGGCUCUUUAAGGUUGUGAAGGUCCCACUCAGGGUGCCAUCCUAGAGCCACCAAGAUUCCCCCUUACUUUUUUUAUUUGUUCAUUCUUCAUCUCCUGAGAUCUACAGCCAUGAUCACAAGUGGCUACUGGGGGUGCCAGAUUCACAUGACAGCAGAUGGCCCUUGGAUGGUGGAUGUGGGAAUGCUUUUGGUUUGCACAACAGUUUGAUUGUGUGACAUAGGUUUUUGGGCUGUUACACCAGAGCCACUUCAUACAUUGACCUACAGUGGCUUAGAGAGAGAGAAAGAGCUACCAAUCAGGAAAUGAAUUUGGGACCUUUUGCAUGCACAGCACGUGCUCUGCCACUGAGUGAGCUUUCCCCCUCUCUUCUUUCAUGUGACCUUAACACUAUGCUCAAGGUUUUGAGGAGGAAGGCAUAACUGGGCAGACAAUGGAGGGCAGACAAAAGGAACUACUUCUUCACACACAGUUAAACUACCGAAUUCCCUGCCACAAAAUGGAGUGAUUGCCUUCAACUUGGGUGGCUUUGAAAGGGGAUUCGACAAGUGUUUGGAAGAUAAGUCUCUUGUUGGCCAUAAUGGCUUUAUAUUACCUCAGAAUCAAAGGCAGUAUGCUUCUGUAUCCCAAUUUCUGGGGAGCACAAGUAUCAGAGUCCCACAACACUCCUGUCCUGCUUGCGGACUUCUCAUAGGAGUCUAGUUGGCCACUGGGAGAGUAGGAUGCUGGGCUAGAUAGACCUUUGGUCUCCUCCACCAGGACUCUUCUCAUGUUUCCAUUAGGGAUGUCAAAGGAUUCCAAUUCGCUCCGCUUUGGGGAGCAAGCCUAUCCAUUUCGGAUCACCAGACCCAUUCACGGCCCAGAACAUAGAUAUGUGGAAUUUCCCAUAUGAUGAGCUGAUGUAUGCUAGGGUCUGGCAACAUGCUCAAAAGAUAGUCCAAGGACUGCCUUCUUUCUUUUAAAAAGUUUUACAGCUGCUUGGAGCAGCUAAUAACUUCAUUGUGUCUGCGUGGUAAAAAAGGCCAUUUGAAAUCCUCAUAGGAAGCCACUGUGCAUCAUAAUGUGCCGUCCCUUCCUGGAGAAUCAUGCGGAGAAGAUGGCUACCUUUUCUUCUGUAUGUUGUAUCCCUGGGUAGCCUUACAAGGAUGUUAUGGAUUUUUAAAAAAUAUUUUUAAAAAGAAAAUCUGCACAUAAGUUGGACAGACCAGCCCAUUUAUUACUAUUUUGCAUAUAGGAGAAAGCAACAUGGGACAGAAAUACAGUGGUGCCCCGCAAGACGAAUGCCUCGCAAGACGGAAAACUCGCUAGACGAAAGGGUUUUCCGUUUUUGAGCUGCUUCGCAAGACGAAUUUCCCUAUGGGCUUGCUUCGCAAGACGAAAACGUCUUGCAAGUUUGUUUCCUUUUUCUUAACACCAUUAAUACAGUUGCGACUUGACUUCGAGGAGCAACUCAUAGAACGCAGUGUACAUAGUAGCCUUUUUUGAGGUUUUUAAAGACUUUGGUGAUUUUUGAAGCUUUUCCAAAACUUCUUUUGCAGCCAAGUUAAGCUUUUAAAACUUUUUUUGGGGUGGUUGGAUUUUGGGUUGGGGUGUUUGGAAUUCAAGGACUUGGUGUUGGGGAGGGGUUUGCAAGAAUCUGGAAGCUUGUGUGUCUUUUUUCUGCAUUUUUUAUGAUUUUCUGUGACCAUUGGGCCACUCUGCUGUUUUUUUUAAAAAAUUCUGGAUUUGAAUUUCUGUGUGCUGGGUGGCUGGGGGGAACAGUUGGGGAGGGGUUUGCAAGAAUCUGGAAGCUUGUGUGGUUUUUUUCUGCAUUUUUAUGACUUUCUGUGACCAUUGGGCCUCUCUGCUGUUUUUUUUAAAAAAUUCUGGAUUUGAAUUUCUGUGUGCUGGGUGGCUGGGGGAACAGUUGGGGAGGGGUUUGCAGGAAUCUGGAAGCUUGUGUGUUUUUUUCUGCAUUUUUAUGAUUUUCUGUGACCACUGGGCCACUCUGCUGUUUUUUAAAAAAAUUUCUGGAUUUGAAUUUCUGUGUGCUGGGUGACUGGGGGAACAGUUGGGGAGGGUUUUGCAACAGUUGGGGAGGGGCUGGGGGAACAGUUGGGGAGGGGUUUGCAACAGUUGGGGAGGUUGUUGUACCAAAUUUGGCUUUGUUUGGACUUUUUUUGACCAUAGGAACGCAUUAAUUGAUUUUCAAUGCAUUCCUAUGGGAAUUCAUGAUUCGCAAGACGAAAAAUUCGCUAGACGAAAAAACUCGCGGAACGAAUUAAUUUCGUCUUGCGAGGCACCACUGUAGGCCGAUUUGCCCAUCUAUGCCUUCCAUCACAGGCAAAGAAGAGUUGAGUGUAUAUUUAUGACGACAACAACAACAGAGUAUAAUUAAAGCUAAUUACUAAAAAAUAUAUAUCUGGCUGUUCCUCUAAGGAGCUCCGAAUAGGAUACAAUGGGCUCCUCUGAAAUGUGGUAUUCCAUCUAGAUUUGGCCAGAUCCCAGGCUUGAUUAGUUGUAAAGACAGAACAGCAUCAAACACCAUCAUGCAGCACUUUUGCAGGAGCACCACAGCAGGGCUGGACACCCAGUUUUUUAACUGAGGCAGUGCCUCUUCUGCCCCCACCUCCAUGUCCUUCAGGAACUGGUUCUCCCACCAACACAUCAGUCUGUAUUUCUUUGAAGACUAAGGUUUCUGGGAGGGCUUUAAUUGUCGCACUGAUUAAAAGUGCUGUAUCUUUAGUAACUUGCCACCUGGUCAUAUGCCCCAGGGAUCCCCAAGGACACUUGCGCAAAUAAAUAGGUCCCUUUGACAGUGUUGCUGCCUAGGUAAUAAAAGCCUAGCGAUGUCCCCGAAGGGAGCAGAACAACAUGCAUUUGGAAAGAUAUUCUUGUGAAUGGUUGCAGUGCUUAUUUUGCAUACAUCUGGAGUUUUGCAUAGAAAGGCCAUAGUUCAGCCUUCCCCAAUCUGGUGCCCUCCACCUGUUUCAGAGUAUAAUCCCCACCAUCCCCAGCCAUUGGCCAUGCUGGCUGUGGAUGAUGGGCAUCAUAGUCUAGGGCUCCACAUUCAUGACCUUUUGGCCUCAUUGUUGAUGCCAUUAAUCGCUCUACACCUCUGUCUCUGUGUGUGCACAGGUAGCUCUCAGAUGGUGUGCAAUCUACCCCAUGAAAGCUCAUCACACUGUAAACGCCCCAUUGAGUUCAGUGGGGUUUGCUUACAUGAGUGGGGCUGUGCUGUAAAUCUGCCAGCGUACGCUGUUCUGCUCUAGGUCCUUUGCUGUUGUUGUUUCACUGCAGCAACCUAACCCAGCUACCCUUCAGGAAAAACUUAAGUGAGUCUCUAAACACAUCAGCUGCUGCGUUUUAAGAGCAAGCCGUUCUUCUGAAAAUAUCAUUCUCCAGUGAAAUGUCAGCCAAAUUUAUUUACAGUGCAAUCCUAACCGUGUCCACUCAGAACUUGUAAGUCCCAUUGAAUUCAAUAUAUCCAUAGAAAUUGACAUAUGCAAUGUUUCCGGUGGUGCAUUUUCUCUCUCUCUCUCUCUUGCUACGCUCUGUGUGGGUAGGUGGUGGUGGCAUUUGUCUUUAAUGGGUUCAACCUGGACACAGGCAAAUACAUACAUGGGGGAAGUCCCUUUGAUUAUAACAGGAUAGAUAAUUAUGUGCUUAACUUUUUAUUUCGGAUCCAGUGGGGCUUAAUUUGUGAUCAGUUAUGCAUCUUAUGAUUUAGGGUUUAUUUAAAUCAUUCCCCUCCCCUAAAAGCAGUACAUCAGGCUUUAAAAAACAGCUGGCAAAAUUAGGACUGCCUGUGAUAUUUAGUUGUCGCAUCAAAUUGGUUAGAUUGGCCAAAAAUAUUUGAGCUUUUGAGGUGCUCCUAAUUUAUCAGGCAGUAGAUUUAAAAAUAAGAUAAAGUCAUUAAUUGUUUUUUAGACAAGUGUUUACAAAAAAACCCUGAGUGGGUAGAGUUCAUCAGCUUCCUCUCUUGCCAAGGAGAGGGUGCUUCUGCCGAGGAGAAUUCUUCUUCAACACCUAAUAAUAAAAAACCCAAAAAUUAUUUCCUUCAGAAAUAUUGUUUUAUUCACCUGCUGCUUUGGCAUUAGUUCAGCAAUCAGUCUAUUAAUUAAAUUGAUUGAUUUAAUCAGCGAAAAUGUUCACAAUUAAUGGACUUGCAAUGCAAUCACAUACGUUUCUACUCAGAAGUCGAAACAAUAGGACUUACUCCCAGGUAAGUGGGACCUCUGGGUAUAGGCUGGUGUAUAAAUUCUAAUUCUAAUUCUAACAAUAAUAAUAAUAAUGAUUGAUUGCAGCCUUACUCCCAGGAAACUGUGUACAGGAUUGCAAUAUUUGAACCUUUUUAGUCAACUGACUAAAUACAACUCUAAUUAUAAUUCAGACAAAUAGAAUUCAAGAAAGAUCUGAUCCACCUCUCUAGUAGGAAUUGCUAGAUCUUGAAAGAUUCUUAUCCAAAUUCUGUUAAAAAAAUAACUGAUAAUCUGUUGGAUUGUGAACAGCUUCUGCAACGGCAAAAGCACACACACACACACACACACCACUUCACAUGUGAAAAGAAACUAGCGCAAUGUUAUUAGCAAAUGGGUAGAUGGGCACUAAAUUACUAUUUAAGAGGGAAGAGCUCUAACAAUGGAGAGAAGAAAUACUUGGGAUGAAGAAUUUUGCAAAACAUCUGCCAAAGGGGAAUGUUUGUACCUCUUGAGUUAGAUGGAACUGGAAGGAACCAGAAAGUGGAGUGCUAAUUAGGUACAACUAGUGGCAAGCUGCAUGAUAAGGUGAUGUUCCUUGCACUAUUUUGAAUAGCAGAUUGUGCAAGGAUAAACCCAAUCUAUCUUCCUGCAACUCCGUUGUUGGUUCCAGAAUUGUAUGUUGCUUGGGUGCCAUCUGCUGGCCACUUCCAAUGAUGGUAAUAUUUCAAUAUUUGCAUUUUCAGUCAGUCAUCAAUCACCAUGUCUCCCUUUAAGGAUUCAGGUUCCCCUCCUCUCCUGGCAUCAUGGGCAUAGCCAAGGGUCUUGUUGUUGUUUAGUCAUUUAGUCGUGUCCGACUCUUCGUGACCCCAUGGACCAGAGCACGCCAGCCAAGGGGAUGCCCCUCCCUAAAUCUAUAAAAAAUCAUAGCUAACUGAGGGCCUGUCCCCCCAACAAAAAUCCUGGCUAUGUCCAUGCCUGGCACAUAGCAACAUAUCUACCUACGCCAGCCAGAAUAAUUGCUCUUCUUGCUACCUUUAUUCUCUUUUUUUUUUUUUAAUGAUAUUUAUUAAGGUUUCAAAAACAAAAGGUUACAUAGAUAAAAAGAAAAGAAACAAAAAAAAUAAAAAAGAGAAAAAAUACAAAAUACAGAAAAAAGAUAAAAAACACUUAAAAACAAAUCAAUCUUUCCGUACCUUACAUUUCAUUUCCUUACUUCCCUGACCUCCUCUCACCUCCCUUUUUUGUAUUCCAAUUCAAUUGGUUAAUUCAGCAAUUCCUUUCCCUCUUUGUUUUUGUCUUAAUCCUUUAACUUAAUAUAUUAUAGCAUUAGAUUCUCACCUAUUAACAAUCCAUUUUUACAUACACCUUUAUAACAUUGCUGCUAAAACCACUUAACUUCAUUCUGACAUCAUUCUAACAUUCAUUAAUUUUGCAGUAUUUCUGUAAAUAGUCUUUAAAUUUCUUCCAAUCUUCUUCCACCGACUCUUCUCCCUGGUCUCGGAUUCUGCCAGUCAUUUCCACCAGUUCCAUGUAGUCCAUCACCUUCAUCUGCCAUUCUUCCAGAGUGGGUAGAUCUUGUGUCUUCCAAUACUUUGCAAUAAGUAUUCUUGCUGCUGUUGUGGCAUACAUAAAGAAAGUUCUGUCCUUCUUUGGCACCAAUUGGCCGACUAUGCCCAGGAGAAAGGCCUCUGGUUUCUUCAAGAAGGUAUAUUUAAAUACCUUUUUCAUUUCAUUAUAAAUCAUCUCCCAGAAAGCCUUAAUCCUUGGGCACGUCCACCAAAGGUGAAAGAAUGUACCUUCAGUUUCUCUACAUUUCCAACAUUUAUUAUCGGGCAAAUGAUAGAUUUUUGCAAGCUUGACUGGUGUCAUGUACCACCUGUAUAUCAUUUUCAUAAUAUUCUCUCUUAAGGCAUUACAUGCCGUAAACUUCAUACCUGUGGUCCAUAACUGUUCCCAGUCAGCCAUCAUUAUGUUAUGUCCAACAUCUUGUGCCCAUUUAAUCAUAGCAGAUUUCACCGUUUCAUCCUGAGUGUUCCAUUUCAACAGCAAGUUAUACAUCUUUGACAAAAUCUUAGUUUUGGGUUCUAACAGUUCUGUUUCUAAUUUUGAUUUUUCCACCUGGAAGCCAAUUUUCUUGUCCAAAUUGUAUGCCUCCAUUAUCUGAUAAUAAUGAAGCCAAUCUCGCACUUUGUUUUUUAGUUUCUCAAAACUCUGCAGUUUCAAUCUAUCUCCCUCUUGUUCCAAAAUUUCCCAAUAUUUCGGCCAUUUGGCCUCCAUAUUGAGCUUUUUCUGUGCUUUCGCUUCCAUCGGUGACAGCCACCUUGGGGUUUUAUUUUCCAAUAGAUCCUUAUAUCUUAUCCAGACAUUAAACAAUGCUUUCCUGACAAUAUGAUUUUUAAAUGCUUUGUGUGCUUUGACCGUAUCAUACCACAAAUAUGCAUGCCAUCCAAAUACAUUAUUAAAACCUUCUAAGUCCAAAAUGUCUGUGUUUUCAAGAAGCAGCCAUUCUUUCAGCUAGCAAAAAGCUGCUGAUUCAUAAUAAAGUUUAAGGUCUGGCAGGGCAAAUCCACCUCUUUCCUUUGCAUCCGUUAGUAUUUUAAAUUUUAUUCUGGGCUUCUUGCCCUGCCAGACAAAUCUAGAAAUAUCUCUCUGCCACUUCUUGAAGCAAUCCAUUUUGUCCAAAAUUUGCAAUGUUUGAAACAAAAACAACAUUCUAGGCAAUACAUUCAUUUUUAUUUAAAAAAUAUGGAACGCUUCACGAAUUUGCGUGUCAUCCUUGCGCAGGGGCCAUGCUAAUCUUCUCUGUAUCGUUCCAAUUUUUUUAGUAUAUGUGCUGCCGAAGCACAUAUUCUCAGUGACUGUCUCAUGAAUAUUAGUGGUGAUGGCAGCAGCAGCAGGUGCCUGUAACUUAUCCCUGCCCAACUAAGUUUCCUCUGCAGGGACUGGCACUGUCAUUCAGUAACAGUGAAAUAUGCAAUGAGGCGGCAAAGCACUUUGUAUUUUAUAGCAGGUGUAUUCUGCAACCUUUUCUUGAUGAAAUACAGUACAAUGCUCCCAGUACGUUUCCAAGCACAAUUCAAAGUGUUGGUGCUGACCUUUAAAGCCCUAAACGGCCUCGGCCCAGUAUACCUGAAGAAGCGUCUCCACCCCCAUCGUUCUGCCCAGACGGUGAGGUCCAGCGCCGAGGAUCUUCUGGCGGUUCCCUCUCUGCGAGAAGCAAAGCUACAGGGAACCAGGCAGAGGGCCUUCUCGGUAAUAAUAAUAAUAAUAAUAAUAAUAAUAAUAAUAAUAAAUUUUAUUUAUAUCCCGCCCUCCCCAGCCGAAGCCAGGCUCAGGGCGGCUAACAACAAUCAAAUAAUCAAACAAACAAGUGGCGCCCAACCUGUGGAACGCCCUUCCAUCAGAUGUCAAAGAGAUAAACAACUACCUAACAUUUAGAAGACAUCUGAAGGCCGUCUUCAGGGAAGUUUUUAAUGUGUGACAUUUUAAUGUAUUUUUAAUGUUUGUUGGAAGCCACCCAGAGUGGCUGGGGAAACCCAGCCAGAUGGGCGGGGUAUAAAUAUAUUAUUAUUAUUAUUAUUAUUAUUAUUAUUAUUAUUAUUAGUGGUGGAAUCAUUGGAAUCAUUCUGCUUUAUCAGUUGUUCUGAGAUGCCUACCGCAUUAAUGCUGUCCGGAAGAAGCACAACAAAAGCGGGACAGCCUCCACUCUCCCCUCCCAACCCUCCAAACAUUUGUGGUUUGGAAAGUUACAGGAUUUCAGCAGGAAGUAACAGCAUAUGCACUGGAUGGAAAGGAGCACCCCAAAACAUUUGCAACCACUAAUAACAUUCAAAGAAGUUGUGAAGUGAGAAGUUAAGUGAAGCUUGUUGACAGAAAGAAAGAAAGAAAGAAAGAAAGAAAGAAAGAAACCAUUUAGGGAUUGCUGGGAACUGUUUGAAUCUCCUCUUGAGAAUUGGUGUGAUCUCAUAGAAUCAUAGAACCAUAGAAUCAUAGAAUCAUAGAGUUGGAAGAGACCACAAGGGCCAUCGAGUCCAACCCCCUGCCAAGCAGGAACACCAUCAGAGCACUCCUGACAUAUGGUUGUCAAGCCUCUGCUUAAAGACCUCCAAAGAAGGAGACUCCACCACACUCCUUGGCAGCAAAUUCCACUGUCGAACAGCUCUUACUGUCAGGAAGUUCUUCCUAAUGUUUAGGUGGAAUCUUCUUUCUUGUAGUUUGGAUCCAUUGCUCCGUGUCCGCUUCUCUGGAGCAGCAGAAAACAACCUUUCUCCCUCCUCUAUGUGACAUCCUUUUAUAUAUUUGAACAUGGCUAUCAUAUCACCCCUUAACCUCCUCUUCUCCAGGCUAAACAUGCCCAGCUCUCUUAGCCGUUCCUCAUAAGGCAUCGUUUCCAGGCCUUUGACCAUUUUGGUUGCCCUCCUCUGGACACGUUCCAGUUUGUCAAUCUCCUCUUAUGUAUGAACCAAUUUAUUCCAAGAGAGAGAUAUAAUUACCCAGAAGACCUUGCAUCCUUUUGGCAGAAGUCUUUUAAUUCCUUUUGCCACCUCUGAUCUACAAAGUGUAUUCUGCACUGUGCAGAAGAGAACUUCCACUGUCUCUGCCACAGCAGCUCUGCCUCCCCUAAGCUGUGGACCAGUUCACAGAUUCCAGCUGGCAUUGUCCCUUGCCAUGUUAAGGCUCACUAUACUGCUUUUUUAAAAAUAAUCUUUUUUAACCUGGCUCCCAUUUAGCAAUAUUUGCUUUGGUUGGUGAGAGGCCCAUACCCUGAGGUUGGAUAGUCAUUUGCAUGGCAAGUUCCCGCCCCUCCCCAAUGGAAAUAAAGGCACAUGACACAAUUAUUAAGGUUAAUGGGCUAAAUAAAGCCACAACUUUAUUGGUUACAGGUGAUGAGCGGUAUUGGCUUAGGCACUGGUCCUAACCAACUAUAUCCGGCUUCAGCCCGUCCGCUUGAAAUCCGGGAAGGUUAACCACCAGUAGGGGGAGUCUUGCUGAUGCACAUCAGCUAGGAACUCCCCCAGGGUCAUCCCUCGGGCGAGCGUGCCUUAGGCCCACACCUCCAUAGGCUUCGGACAGGGCCACGCCCCCAGAAUCCUUUAUCGGACUACCCUUCAAUAUGCGGGGCAGGUGAUGGCGCCUCCUCCCCAUUUUCCAUCUACAUAACACUACCAAUACCAAUGCCUAACCACCAAUACUAAGAAAGUUGUGACGAUUUGCUAUGAGGUAGGCGAAAACCAAGUGGCUGGUGCCAAUUUGCCAAGUGGAAAAAAUCCUACCAGGCCCCUCAACGGCGACCAAGCAAGGUCCAUAGCAAGGUCAAGGAAGGGAAACCUUAAAGGGCAGGAGGGUGGGAAACAGGAGCAGCUGGCAGCAAAAAGAGGGAGAUCCCCGGCUGUGCCUGCAUUAAAUAGGGCAGGUCACGCCCCCUGAGCCAGCCGAUUGGCUAGCCAAUCGUGGUGGGGGCAUGAAGCCCUCAACACCACCUCCUUUGCAGGGCGGAAGUGGCUAUGUCAGAAAUUCCUUUGCAUUGCAGGGGUUUGGACUAGAUGACCCUUGGGGUCCCUUCUAACUUUACAACUCUAUGAUCACAUAUAACCCCCCACCGCAUCAUGAACACAGGUAAACUUGAAUGCACAAUAUAAAGGAUGUCUAGAGGUCAUGUGUUGCAUGAAGCAGUACAAAAUCAAGACCGAGUGGUUUGGGCUCUUUAACUUUUUUUCUUUUUCUUUUUUUGUUAGGCUCAUACUAUUUAAUCACUACUUAUGGGGCAGUAGAGCUUAUCAAGAGCUAUGAUAAGAUCACAGUCACUCGGCAGCUGAGCUCAGAGGUCCAAGAUUCCAUUCACCGCUGGGAGAGAAGGAGAACGCUUAACAAAGCCCGGGCUUCCCGAUCAUCUGUUCAGGUUAGCAGAUAAAUAAAUGAAGGAGAGCAAUCUGUGUUAACUUCAUUAUUCAUUAACUUACAAAUGUAAUAAGCAGAGGCCACAAAUCACAUUAGUGAGGAUGAAAUUGGCAUCCUAUCUUAUUUCAGCUUGUUGGUUUAUUAUUUGUAAGCUGCAGUGAGAGCCUGUGGUUUAGGGUGGCACUCAUACAUUUCAGAGAGAAAGAGAAGCUACCGUAUUUUUCACUCUAUAGGACGCACUGGACCAUAGGACGCACCUUGUUUUAGAGGGGGAGAACAAGGGAAAAAAAUCUCCCCAUCUCUGCUGAGCGCCCCUUCAGCGAAGUGGCAGGAGAAAUGGAGCCCCUUCCAUUUCUCCAACCACUUGGCUGAAGGGGCGCUGCGCAGCUCUCCCUCUCUGCUGAAGCCAGGAGAGUCUUGCUCUCCCGGCUUCAGCAAAAGGAACCUGAAGCCUGCGGAGCGCAGCGGGAACUCGCACUGCCCUCCGCAGGCUUCAGGCAGCUAUCCCUGAAGCCUGGAGAGCAAGAGGGGUCGGUGCGCACCGACCCCUCUUGCUCUCCAGGCUUCAGCAAAAGCAACGCGAAGCCUCUGGAGCAUGGAGGGAGCGCUCCCUCUGCGCUCCGGAGGCUUCGCGUUGCUAUCGCUGAAGCCAAGGAGCCUGCAUUCGCUCUAUAGGACGCACACACAUUUCCCCUUAAUUUUUGGAGGGGGAAAAGUGCAUCCUAUAGAGCGAAAAAUACGGUAAUUUUAAGUUCAAAGGCAGUUUUCAGCAUCUUGUCCUUCAACCACAUGGUGGCAGCAAAGCUCCCUUUUGCUACAGGAAUAAAAUACCAUAUUGGCUCUCUUCACCAAGGCUGUGUACUCACUAUGCCUUUAAAGCACAGCCUUUCCCUCGAGGAAUUCUGGGCACUCUCAUUUCUUGUAAACAAAGCAUAUGUCAUACCCUAUUCCCCGGCCUCAAGGGAUUUACAGUUGGGAGAGAGUCCCUCAGAUACUUGGCAUAACAUGCCAACUCAUAGUCCCCAUCUGCACAAUAAAGAGUUGAUUGAGAGACCCUUACUCCCCUCACAGAACUACGGUUUCCAAAGUGAUUUAACAGGCAGUCUUUUCUCCCUAGGAAACUCUGAGAAUUAUAGCUCUGUGAGGGAAAUGGGGGCCUCUAGUCGUGACAACUCUCAGCACCCUAAACAAACUGUGGGUCCCAGAGUUCUUUAAGGGAAGCCAUGAUUUAAAAGUAUAGCGCAGAUUAGACCUCAGUUGUCCCUUCUCCAGGCUAAAGGUGUCUAAUUCCUUCAAACUUUCUACAUGACAGCCAUUCGGAUAUUUGCCAGUGGCUGUGGUACCUCUUAAUCAUCUAAUCUCCAAGCUAAACAAACCUAACUCUUUCAACUUUUCUUUAUAGGACUUCAUAUCCAGGCCCCUCGCCAUCUUCACAGCCUUUAUUGCUCAUCAAUAGUAUGUUGUUGAUUAUGAUAGAUUCACAGUAUCUAUUAGUGAUCACUAUCUAUCAAUUGUCAUUUUAAUAUCUAUGGAUAACAUAACCCAUGCUCCUUGUUUCCAGGAUUUCAUCACAAUCUCCUUUAUGGAGGCUGAGGCAAACACCAGGACGCUGGCCUACCGAACUGACUCAACAACGCACCAGCUGAACCAGCAGUGCGCUGAGAAAUUUGAAGUCCCAGAGCCUCAGAACUAUGGGCUGUUUGUUCAGGUUGACGACAAGAACCUGCGGCUAGAUGAUGACGCCCUUCCUCACCGCAUCAAAUCCCACCUCCUGAGCAAAGAGCCCAAGCCGACUUUCCAUUUUAUUUAUAAGGAGAUGGGUGGAGAGGAACCACCAGUUCCCAUUAUCAAGGACCCAGAUGUUUUAUAACAGCCAAGCUGUUCUCUUGUAGCAGACUCGUUCAAACAGCCGUGGCAUUUUUCAUUUCAAAACUUCCUGAUCUCCACCAGGAGCACAGCAAAGUGCAUCUUCUGAGCGGAAUGCUGAUGGUCGAAAGCCUAUGCAAAUCUUCAUCUGGGGCAUUUUCUCAACAGAAUUCAUUUUCCACAGAAAAUUGAAUAUUCCAAGCAGCUUUCACUCUUGGAGGGGGGGGGGGACUUGAACAAUUCAGAACCUUAAAACGUGAGCAAAUGAUGUAACUUUUGUGACAGCUGCCCUGGUACAAAGUAGGUAGGUUUGUGAUUAUGGGCAAAUAUCAAUCCAUCCAGUUAUCAAAUCAUCAGUAUUAUCAGAGAAGGUCCACCAAAGAAAAUUUAAAUGGUCCUUCCUGUAGUAGUAAAAAAAGAUAAUAAAGUGAAUCUAUGUGGCGUCCUUUCCUUUCUCAUCCAAGGAAACAAACUUGGGACCAGCUUGCUGUUUCAUGCAAACCAAGUAUUCAUGGUUUAUUUCUCGCCUAACAAAUCAUGACAAUAAUAAUUAUAAUUUUAUUAUUUACACCGCAGCCACUCUGGGCUGCUUAAAGCAUAUCUAAAAACAUAAUAAAAACAUAAGGCCUUAAAAACUUCCCUAAACAGGGCUGCCUUCAGAUGUCUUCUAAAAGUCAGAUAGUUGUUUAUUUCCUUGACAUUUGAAGGAAGGGUGUUCCACCGGGAGGGCACCACUACCGAGAAGGCCCUCUGCCUGGUAAGCCAAGCAACAAACCAUAAGUGGUAUUUCACACCUAAUGGCUUGUUUUCCUGAUUUGUUUUACCUCUAUCCAGGAAAUAAGGGGUAGGGGAGGAGCACCAUGAAGACUUUUGAAUAGCAUAUACUAGCACAAAUCUUUGCAUUAAACGUAUUAUAAUUUGAGCUAUGGUUUAACAUGACAUGUGAACCACUUUUGACAAGACUCCAACAUUCCCCACCCCCCACCCUCCCCAGUGGUAAGGCAGACCCUGGAUAUAAAAGUUAUGUGCCUACAUAAAAUUAAGUCUAAAUAGACAUUUUUAAAAGAGUGCGCCCCUGCCCCCGGGUAUUUCUUUCCUACUCUUCCUUGUAACAUUUAGUUCAGGAAUAGGGAGAAUUUGACCCUUCAGAGCUUGCUAAGCUACACUUCCCAUCAGCCCUAGCAAGCAUGGCCAAUGGCCAGAGAUGAUGGGAAUUGUAGUUCAGAAACAUCUGGAGGACCAGAGUUUCCGCACAACCAAUUUAGUUGGAAAAGAAACAUGUGAAAUGAUUAUGUCCAUUGCUCAAGCUUUGCCUUGCAUCAUUGGCUGUUGGUGACAGAGCAGCAUGUGGUGAAGUGAUUCCAUGUGGCUUUUUCACAAGCAAAAGACACAGAGCUGACACACGUGUAGAAACAAUGAGGUGUGUUUUUUUAUUCCACCGAGGACACAAAUCAGAAUCGAGAAUCAGAUCACACAGUGUGGUGGAAAUGUUUUCGUCUUGAAUCCACAUUGAAGUCACUUCUCUUUACCUUCCACGAACAUCCCACCUAACCGUUUAAGGGCAGGCAGUUUUACACGGAGGGAGGGAGGCAGAAGUAGAGGAAGAGAAAGGUGCACAGAGAAAGUGGCGACAAAGGGAGACUUGAGAAGCAACAGCUAGUUAUGGGAAUUCUGUGUUCUGUAACAAUGAAAGCAAAAUGUUCAGAGUUAAAAUUGGAGGGCUGGGGGAGGGAAUCUGUGUAACACCAUAUGCAGCUUUUGAGAUGCUACCACUGAGAUAAAUGGUGCAUAUUCUUCUGCUGUUGGUCACCCUGUAUGGAAAAAAUGUGGGGGUCUUUUAGAAGUCUGUACAGCGGACACAAAAACAAACCUAGGCAGCCUGGAUGUAAGUUGUACAGCUCAGUACAUAUGAUGUUUGCAGCAUAGCCUUAUAAUCGCACAAUGCAUACAGUCUUCCGAUAUUAAAAAAUGCACCCCUGGAGUGAAUAAUACUGGCAUCGUACAUGCGGCUAAUUGUUACUCCCCACCCCUCAGUUCAUUUUAGCUGUAGCAACUUCCAUGAUCUAUUAUAUGUGUUACACAGUUUUUCUGAGCAGAGAAGUUGUAAGUGGGCUGCCGACUGCUAGGUCAUAUUUUGCAUCAGUGACUUGAGUUAGAUGUGCAGACAUUGUUUGCUGCUGUGCAGCAAACAAUGCCCUAGAAGAACGGUGUUGCUGGUCUACCUCUGUGACAAUUCUGCAAUGAAAAGUGUGCUGGGGGCAUAACCUAUCUCUAGAGCUCUAGGUUAGAGUUAAGCUGUCUAAAAGCAUUAGAAACAGAUUCACCCUGGGAAGCUGCUCCAUAAUUUUCUAAAGCACACGGUUACGUCCGACCCACUGACUGCUCCCUGCCUGUUGAGGCAUGAGCUGUUAAAGAGCUUGAAAUCAACCAGUUCUUUAGGAAGUUAGCUACUGUGCUGGACUGAUGAUAUCUUGAGGAGAAAGGGCCUUUUCUGUCACUUUAUAAAAGGCGCAUCUUCCAACAAUGUGUUCUUUUGUUUCGUAUAGAAAUAUUUCAUCUCCACCUUAGAUAUACAGAAGCAGUUUAUCAAAACUGUUGCAGUAAUGCCUGUUUAUGUGUAUUUAUUUCCCUGUGUCACUGUAUGUAUUUUGAGCAAUGUCUGGUUCAUAAUCAAAGACUUUGGAGGGCACAAAUGCUCGCCGCAGUAAUUUUGCUUGGGUCGUCUGCAACAGCUCAGAUAAAGAAAGUCAAAGGUCACUGGGUGGCCUCUCAGCUAUCACCCUACCUUUUGUACUCAGGGCCUGGAAAUGAAUCCUCUGACUGUGUUUCCUGUUUAAUCUUCUAACGAUGCUGUAUUGCUGUGUGAUUUUAUAAUAUAAAGCCAUGCUGUUUAAAACAGUUGUCAUUGCUAACGUUCCUCCAAGAAAAACUGCUCCUG